CGAAGUUCACCGGCGCUGUUCUUCCUGUGGGUGCUCUGGCGGCGAAAAGGCGCCAGGAGUUUGUCCUCGCCAGCGCGAGCCAGAGAGCCUUGCAUAUGUGCUGCACGUUCCAGAAGCCAGAACACCGUCGGUAGGCAGGCGGGGAGGCAUUUUGGUCUCCCUUUGGGUGGUUUAAACUAAUUUUAAUACAAUUUUUAUAUUUUAAAAAACCCUAAAUGCCUCCUCCGCCCGUCUCCCUACCGCCACCCCGGUCAUCUUUUGGUACCCCUCUGACGGGGAAGCGAGUGUGCUGCACACCUCCCCACACCGCCUAGGUAAACAACCCACGCCAGUACCCACGGGUUUUUUUGGGAAGGGCUGAGGGGCCGAAAACGUUGCUGCACCACCUCGGCGUCCCUUGGCUACUCGCCUCCCACCCCCACCCCCCGCCCCGAAGUAUCCUACCUUUGCCGCUAUCCUUCCUAGCGGAGGCGGCAGUGGCAGCGGCGGCGGCGGCGCGCGCUCCCUCUCCGCCUGCCCGCCCCGCGCGCCCCGAAACGAGGCUCCCUCGCUGCUUCCGCCGGAGAGGCGAAAAGGCGCUUUCUUUUCUGCGCCUCCCGACUAGCGCUCGUUGUUGCUCCUCCACCUGAUGCUCCCCCAGCAGCGCGCAGCAGCAGCAGCCUCGGUCUCUCCUCCGCGGCGCCUCUUCGUGAGCAGCAGCGACAACAGCGGCACCUAAGGCUGCCUUAGAGCUCUGCCAGGCUGCCCAAAGCAGCGCGCUGAACGGCAACGUAACACAGUUGGUGUGUGUGUGAAGGAGGGGAGAGGGCGGGACACCACUUGUCGAGGCUGCUCUGCUCACCCAGGCAGCUCCAGGCGCUGACAGACCCUCUCCAAACACGCAAACACCAGUUGCGCCCUGGUCAGUGGGGACGGCAGAGAGCUCGCGUUGCUCUGGGAGGAAGGGGUGGGGGAGAGAAAUAUUAAAUCUCAGGCAGGAGGCGGAAAGAUUAGCUUCAGAGAUCCGUGGGGGCACAAAUGAUCUUCUACCCCUUCUUCAAUGAGCAAGGGGCGUACUAGCCGUCAGACAAGGGAAGUCAUAAAAUGGGGCCUACACGGGAUGUUAUAUAUCGCAAUGUAGUCUGCACCGCUUUGUCAGACUUCAGUACUCGUCCUUACAAGCUGUUUAGAAGUUUCUCAAAUAAGAAGUGUUUGUCUGUGGCCAUAUUUGCCCAAACUGAUACUUCACUGCACAUGACAUUCCUGUGUUUUUCUCAUAAAAUUUGCACACCGUCAUUAUUUGAACAUUACCCAUUUCCACCUGCAAUUUCCUACAAGGAGGUGGUCUUGUGAAAGAGGGAAGGUUUCUCUGUUUGCCCAAACCUGGAAUAGCCUGUAUUUGCUUUACAUAGUACAGUAUUUUACAUAGCACACGUUUGCACAGUUGUUUCUUGCCACACACAAAUUGUUUUACAUGCACAUACGGUAUGUACUAAAGGUUUGAAACCAGAUUGAUUUCCUUAUCUCGCCCUAGAAGCCCCGCAGUUUUGUACAGUAUGCAACAAUUCUUAACUGGAUAUUCUUUGUCCCUUCGUGUGACUACAGUUCCCAGGAUUUAUACUGAUAUGAGACAGAAACUGAAUGAACAUGUAUUCCAGCUAGCAAUAAAAGAGGUAAGGCAAAGCAGCAUUUGACCAUAAAACUGAUAGGUCCAAUCUCCUUCCACUCCUCCAGGAAUGGCACUUCUAUAAACCAUUUCCGCAAGGGAGGAAGAGGGGCUGUUUAUGCACAACUGGCAAGGCUUGAGCAGGCCCUCUGCAUAGGGCCACUGGUGGCCACCACACAUGCUGACCUGGGCCUCCAUCAGGCACUACCACCCCCAGUUCUGCUCCUUAGUAGUGCUGCAGUUGCCAGUUACUCUGCCUAUCCUGGACGGGAUUACCUUGUAGUGUUUUGAGGGUGGAGGCCAGGGUAUGCCAUGUUAUAUCACCCAAAACAUGGCUGGUGCAGACUGGAGCUGAGUGAGCCCUUGGCACUCAUCGCAAAAGCUCUGGUGCUAUCAAGUAAGCCCAUUCAGGGUGAGUGGGUGAAUCACUGGCCGUUCUGUGGCUGCAGCACUGCCUGUGGGAGCAAGAGUUGGUGGCCACUGGUAGCAACAGUGGUGGGUAAGCAUUGAUAAAGGCUGGUUCAGUGGGGGAAACAGGGUACUGCCCCACCAACCUCAGUCCACAUUCAGCCAGCUUCCAGACUUACAACAAAUCUGGGUGAUGGAAUUGCUUGUCAGCUUCCUCAUCCAUUGUCUCAGAAUCCAGCCACAGUAUACAUUUAAAGCAGUACCAUACCACUUUAAAUAGCCAUGGCUUCCUAGGAACUGUUGUUUGUUAGGGGUGCUGAGGGUUGUUUGGACACCCCCAUUCCCCUCAGAGAGUUAUAAUUCCCAGGGUUCCCUGGGAAGAGGGAUUGAUUGUUAAACCACUGUGGCAAAAGAUGUUGCGAGGUCUGUGGACUGAGCAUGCUAUGAUGUCAGUGAAGCAAGGCAUGAGAUUCUACAAGGACCUACUUCACUGAAAGACAAUAUGAUUGCAACUUUCAAGUGCUAUUCACAGGAAAAAAUCCUAAAGGGCCUUGUCCAUGGAAUAUAGAGGAAUAAUUACAAAUAUAGAAUUCUCCAUCUGAGAGGUGGAUUGGGGAUUAUCUGAUGUCUUUAAUGGGAAACUGUGGUGAGAGUCCUAAGCAAAGGUGAUCAAAGCCAUCUGUUUGUUGUUGACAGAAGAGUGCCUCCCAGCGAGGACUGAUGAAGAGGUGUUGUUGUUUUUAGCAGUUUAUGCAAACAAACUGCUGUGAAACAUGCUAUGAAAUUUUUUAGCACUUUAAGUUCUUAUGCACCUUAUAGCAUAGUAGUAUUAAUUGCUAUUUAUUUUACAAUAUAUGAUCAAGCUUCUAGGAACUAUGAGCACAGUUCUUUUAGCCCCUAUGAAAAUUUGUUAAUUUUGUACAAUUUGGUUUAGUACUGCCAUGCAGUGGCUGUUAGAUAUAUUAUAGUUGUCAUGAGAUUACAUUAGGAUGAUCAUUAUAUUUGUUAUUAAUUGAUAUGUUUUAACUGAAGGACAGUUUGUUUUAUGAUGAUUUUAAGUGUUAUUUAUUUAACUUGAGUUAUUUAUUGAUUUACUUAUAUUUGAUACUGUAAUGAUGUAUUGAUUUGCAUUUCUGCUGUAAGCCACUUUAAGCAUAUUUAUAUGGCAGGAAGAAACAAGAGAUACAAACCCUUCUCCUUCCUGUUGCCCUCUCUCUCUUUGCUCUCUUUUUCAACCAACAGUUAAAGCAGACAUGUCACUGCUUGCUUCAGCUCCAGGCUCAAAAUAUAAGUAUUUUGCCUGUAUAGUUUUUACUGCUGCCUUUGCUGUGAACCAAUGCAAGACUAUCAAGUAAGUAAAUCAUAUUUUAAACUUACUUUACAAAUUGUUUUUUGUUUUUGUUUUUUUGUUAAGUGAGGUAAGAAGGGGGAAGCCAGCUUACUUCGUUAGCUGGACUUGCUCAAAAGGCAGGUUUUGCAGCCUGAUUCCCAAAGCUUCUAUUUUGCUGCCAAGGAUGAGAUUUAAAAACCCUCUUUAACCUACACACAUGAAGAGAAAAAUUGUAGUUAAUAUACCCUCUCAUACUCAUCAAACCCACCCUACAGAAGUCAAAUUUAACGUCCUAUAGUAGUCUGAUAGCGACCAUUUUACAUGUGUCCAAAAUUGAUGCACAGUCACACACUUCUUGUUGCUGAUCCAGAAGUUGCCUGAAAACAGGGGUGGGGCUGAACAGGGAAAGCUUAUGUACACUUAGCCGAAACACACAGGGGGCAGGAAUGGAACCCCUGUGCAAAAUGGUCGCCGCCUGUAUAAGAAAGAAGUCCAUAAUUGCUAGAAUGAAGAGGGAUCUCAGAAUCUCCUAUUCAUUUUUGAAAGCUGUUCAUUUUUUUUGCUCUGCAUUUCUGCAGCUCUUAAGAUAUCAUAACGAAAUCAUGCAUAACGAUUCCUAAAGUCAAGAAGCAGGGUUUCCUCUAUGUUUUGAUACAAUUGGACACCAUUUUGAAUCAAGGUGGUGGACUGAAACUUAAAAAUUGCACCGACUUUAACCACUGAUUUUUAAAAAAUGCACUGAUUUUUCCCACCUUAGAAUUCUGAGUAAUGCUGGGUUUGAGGCUGCUAGUAUCCUGAAUAAAGAGAAUAAAAUGUUCUUUGGGAAAUUAUUUUAAAACAUUGCUCCUGUGGAUACUCUCAGAGCAAUCACUUGCCAACAAGAGCAAAAAGCUACCAAGUCUGAAGGAGCCCUGGUCCAAGUGUCCUCUGCCCCCCUGCCCCAUACUGCUGUGUUCCUGCUGCUACUUUCCCCACUGCAACACUGGUGACUUUACUCCCACUCUGCUUACCAGAUGGCAGUGGGAAGAGGUCUCUCUUUAAUGUGUGUGUAUGUGUAUAUAUAUAUAUAUAUUUACACCCAUGGUUGGGUGGCUGGGCAUGCUCAACAAUAAAGUGCUGGUCAGUAUUGGGGAAUGAAGAUGGUGGGCAGGCCAGGACAGUGAUGCUUGAAAAAUAAUUAAAGUAGCAGGUCCUGCAUUCAUUAAAAAAUAAAUAAAUGCAUAAUUAAUAUGACAUGAAAUAUUCUGAUGAAGACUGAAGCAAUUAUGUCAAUGUGAACUGUCGUAGAUUAAAAAAACACAAAGCAGGUAGGGUGAUGGCAAUGCCACAGAAGCAACUUGUCACUAGGGCACUAAACACCUCUUCUGCCUCUGCAGAAGUUUAAUUGGAAGCUACAAAGCAGACUCUUGCUAAUUCUCCCAUAUUAAUUAGGAACCCUGCUGUGGAUUUUCAGAUUAUGCACAUUAGUGAAUAAACAAACAAGCUUGAAUCAUCAUUAAAAUCCAGGAAGUCAUGCUACAGAGAGCAUUUUGUGCUCAUUUGGGUUAGUGUCAAUUAGUGUUGUUUAUGGGGGAAAUGUGCUUAUAUAUUGGUAAAUAGGCAUUAGGGAUGAUUUUUUUUGUUUAAGUAAUGGGCUCUCUAAUCUCAGAAUUUCAGUUGAUGUAGUAUUUUGUAGCAGUUUUGCAAACAGGAUUUUAUCCGUGUGUGUGUGUGUGUGUGUGUGUGUGUGUGUAUGUAUCCCUAAGUAGACUGCACCCAUUAGAAUUGGAGGACUGAGCAUAUAUUCCACCACAGAAUUUGGUACCAGGGGCAAAAUCCUCCAUUCUGACAAUCCCAGCGUUCAUAAUUAUACAAAAGCAAGUUCUUAACCACAAAGAAGAGCUUAAAGUCUGUGAGCAAUGCUAAGGUGAAGUCUCCACAUCUAGAGUGGGAUUCAGUAUUUUUAGUGAAUGUAAGAACAAACAGCAAGCUAAGUAGUUAAGUAAUUUUUGACUCUGAACAACUUGGAGAUAUCUUACUACCCUUUCCUAUUACUGGAUCAUUGAUGGGGGGAAAUUGAAUAUCACUGAUCCUGGUAUAUAGGUGCUCAGAAAAUUUCUAUUACUCAGUAGUUUUUUGUGUGUGACUUUAAUCAGUGUAAUAUCCACUGCGUUUCUGCCACCCACACGUGUGCUGAUAUUCUCAAAGAGUUGGUAGGAAGUGUAUUUAAAGCUGGAAUGAUUAAGCAUGUGAAAAAAACCAGUCUUGUAGAAUAAGGAUCUUAAUUGCUUCUGCAAAGAGGCAUGCUGCUUCACUACUAAAAAAGGCCCUCCAAUUGCAGAGGGGUGGACAAACAAAAAAAGGACUUCUGAAUUUGGAGAAGAGGAAAGGUAUCAUUGGGAGAGGUCUGAGUCCCAGGCUAUGUCCAUGCAAUACAUUUUAGGCGCAUGGCUGGCCCCUCAAGCAUCCUGAACUGUGUAGUUUGUUAAGGUUGCUGGAAAUUAGAGUUCUUUGGGGAGUAAACUACAGUUACUAAGAUUCUUUGUGGGACUGUGAGACAUCACAUGCUUAAAAUGUAUUAUGAGGAUGUGGCCUCGUCCUUGGUGCUGGGCUCUGGAACUGUUACUCCUUCCCCCUUUUAAACUUGUUUUUAAAAUAUCGACAUGAAAUCAAUUUCAUAUCAAGGGACAGAAAAUGCAGUGACCGAAGGGCUUUGCAUUGUCUUUGCUAUGUGCCCUACAUCAGAUAAAUAGUUUAAAAUAAAAUAAGGAAAUCUGAUCAAAAGAGGAUUUAGGGGUAAAAAAAGUAUUGUUCUGCAAAUUGAUAGACACACACAAUUCAACAUCAAGUUCAACUGCAGAAGCUGGAAAUUAAAACUGGAAGCUGAAUGUUGCAUUUCAGGCCUAGUUUUAAUUAUUUAUUUUGGCAACAUGAAAAAAAAAUCAUGCAACACAGGCUGUGCUUUCUUCACCGCCAAUGCAUUUUCUUUAAUGUGAACAGACCUGAAUAUUUAUAGUUUUAUUGAUGGUAAUUCCUUUGUAGUACAAACCUAGCCCAGAACUUCUUUGUUACGCUGUUUGUAGAAACCUAAAACUUGGAUUGUCUCAGAUGUUGUGAUUCAAACUGCAUGUCUAAAUAAAAAGGAUUUUUAUUUAGAAGUAAAUGACUGAAAGGAGCAUAUUAAGACGGGCUCUGUUUUUCAGUACAAGUGGGGCCCUACAGCAGAAACUUUGCAGUGUAUCCCUAAUCCAUGCACAGAGUGUUCCUGUUCAGGAGUCCAGGUGGCCUCAGGCAAGAGCCUUUCCUGCUGUUCAGGCUUCUUCAGAAGAGAGGUUUUCCUGUGAAUGACAGCAGGGUAAGGUACGUCUCUGGAGAAUGAUGGGAAGCAGGCCCGUGCAGAGCUUGUCUGAGGCCCAGGGUGGGAGUUUUGUUAGAAUGAAGUUAUAAACUCAAAACAAAAAAACAGCCAGUCCCUAGCAGGGUCCCCCUAUUAGCUUAGCCUUCCGAGGCCUGGGACAAGUGUACCCAGCUGCCUCCCGCCCCUUUGCAUGGGAAGAGUUCUUCCUCUUCUCCAUUCUUCUCUCCUGCUUUACCGCAAGUAGGUAUGGGGGAGAAUUUUCAAUUCUGUAUGCAUUUAAAAGCAAACCUACUUAAUUUACAUUUUUUUUUCCUUUUUUGAAUAUUUUUUAUUAAGAAUUUCAACAUAGCAAUUUAUCAAAAACACAUCAUCUUCAUUUCCCCCCCCAUUUCCCCCUCCCCCCUCCCCAAGAAAAAAAAAAGCACAACCUUCCCACCCCACCCCAGACUUCCCUCAGCUCCUCUCUCUCUGGUUUUUCAGCACAUGUUAUUCUCUGCAUAUUAUAAAAUUGUAAAGAUCCUUAAUUUAUCUAUCUAUAUGUUACCAAUAAAAAGUUUGUGUAUGUUUAUUCAAAACCUGCCAAGGAGUCCAGUUCAUUUUGUUGUUUCUUUAAGUACUUUGUAAAAGGUUCCCAUUCUUCUUUAAAGUCACAGUUGUCCUUAUCACGUAGUUUGUGUGUCAAUUUUGUCAAUUCCACACAGUCCAUCAGUUUCUCUUGCCACAGUUCUUUGGUCGGGAUUUCUUCGUUCUUCCAUCCUCGUGCUAUUAAGACUCUUGCUGCCGUUGUCGCGUACAUGAAGAUGUUUUUCAAUUUCCUUGGCAGGUCUUUUCCUACAAUCCCUAACAAAAACGCUUCAGGCUUUUUUACAAAUGUUAAUUGGAACAUUUUCUUCAACUCAUUGUAUAUCAUUUCCCAUAAUUUUUUUAUUUUACUACAAUCCCACCACAUAUGGUAAAAUACUUAAUUUCCAUUUUCUGAAACUCUGCCAAUUGAAGCCAUUUUUCUAAAUUGUCACUUCUCUGAAUUUUGCAAGGUACUUCUCCAGCCAGGGUAUAACUUGCAUAUACUAGUGUAGGGUGGUCCAACUUUUCAUACCAAGUGGGCUUCAAGAGUGCUUUGACAUGGAACCACCCCGUGCUAGGAUAUAACUGCUUAAAAGUGCAUAAACUAGUGAAAAUGAAAGAUUUGCCACUUCUGAAAUGUAAGAAGGACAAGUUUUUUUAAUAUCAUAGGAUUUGUUUUGCUAGCCCUAAUUCCCAUCCGCUUUCUGGAUACCCUUAUAAACUGUAAGAGGCAUGAGGUCAAUUCAUUCUUUUCCCUCUUCCUCCAUAGAUCUAGAGCACUCUUCAGCAGUCAUGCUUUAUCCCAAAGAAUCCUGAUAACUAUAGUUUAUGGAGGGUGCUAAGAAUUGUUGAGUGACUCCUCAGAGAAGAGAACAUUUUGUUCCUUUCUCACCUGCUUGCAACCAUAGCAUUAACUGAUAGACUCACACAAGCUGUCUAAAAUCUAGUUAUUUUAGACACCUUUUUUCCUCUCUGCAAUAGAGGACUUAGAGCUGUUGCUUAUAGAAAACAGCAGAAAAACCCAGGAAUUUAGUAUGGCUAUGAUUGGGCAGUUAUAUAUCCUCUAGGUCUGGGCAAUGUCCAGGGCCGACAGUAUAUUGUAGGUGCGGCUUGCCUGCCAAUUUUGUUUUUUAAUAACUUUAUGUUAUUAUGUUAUUAUGCUAGGUACUGCCAUACCUCUGCUGCUUGGUUUUUAAUAGAAUGUUGGCAGCUACCUCGUGUGUGUGUGUGUGUGUGUGUGUGUGUGUUUUGUUUCAUAUAAAACUUUCAGUCUCUGCCAUUUUGACAGUAUUUCAGAUGGAGCAACUAAUGGAAUGUUUAGGAGUAUAAUAAACAAACUUAUGGGCAGGAUAUUUAUUUUACAGUAGAUUUUCUCCCAUACCAUGAGAGAGAGAAGAAAUUCCAAAAUUCCAGUUCUUUCUCCUACUCAUGAAAUAGCUUUCGGUAAUCAAUCAAUCAAUCAUUCUUUACUCUAUCUUCCAAUUUAUUUGUAACUCAUAUUCCCAAAUAUUUAAUUCUAUGUUCAUUCCUCCAUGGUAUUUUGGUUAUCCCUUGAACAUCUUUUAAAUUUUCAUUCGAAACAUUAUAACGUAGCCUCUGUGCUAUCUUAUAAUUUAUUUUAUAGCCUGAUAUUUCGCUGUAACUAGAUAAUAACCUUAUGACUUAUUUAUAAGAUUUCUAGGAGUGAGACACAGGGAUUAUAUUAGUAUCCAAAGAGCCAUAUUGGAUCCUAUGAAUGUGUAUGUUUUCUGUUAUUGCUAUAGCCCAAGGUUAAAUGAUCAGAAGGUCUGCAGUUCGAAUCCCCGCAACGGGGUGAGCUCCCGUUGUUCGGUCCCAGCUCCUGCCCACCUAGCAAUUCGAGAGCACGUCAAAGUGCAUGUAGAUAAAUAGGUACCACUCCAGUGGGAAAAUAAACGGCGUUUCUGUGUGCUACUCUGGUUCGCCAGAAGCGGCUUAGUCAUGCUAGCCACAUGACCCAGAAGCUGUACGUGGACAAACACCGGCUCCCUCGGCCUACAGAGCGAGAUGAGCACGCAACCCCAGAGUCGUCCGUGACUGGACCUAACGGUCAGGGGUACCUUUACGGAUAAAUGACAGUAGCAAAGAGCAGAGGGUAUAAAGGGCAUCCCUGUCUAGUUCCUCUAGAUAAAUUUCUUUACAAACUUAUAUACAACUGCAUUCUGAGGGGAUCCCAUUAAUAUGUAGAAACAUUUAGCUUAUUUUUGGAUUGUCCUCUUAAAAACUGAUACGUAUUCAAUCACCUGUUAAUUAUCAGAGAUACUGUAAUGAUACUAAGGACAUCACAUUUGUCUGCAAUCUACUUGUUUCUUAUUUAUAGGAUUCCAUUUUAUAUUACUGGGAUGUAGUUACAGUGCAACCAGUCAGGAGUAUGGGAAGUACCUGUGAAAAAUGUCGAUAUUUUCAACAUCUCAGUCCUAUACACAUUUACCUUAAAAUAAGUUCCACUGAACUCCAUAAGUAAACAACUAAGGAUGCGGAAGAAAUUUGAUUCAGUUCACAUUCAAAGGUGAAUCUAUCAAAUUCACACUUUCUGAAAUAUGUGAACCAAAGCACAGCUAUCCUUCAAAAUUCACAUUUCCAAAUUUCACGAUACAGUUCUCAUACAAACAUUGUUUAGAAUUAUGCACAUAUCAGGGGGAAGUGUGUGUAAAAAGAAAUAUAUUAGUCAAAAUAACAUACAAAAAUACAUUAUAUUGGAGAAAUUCCCUGCACAAAUCUGUACAUUGGUUAAAAUUGCAUGCAAAAUGUCUUUAUGAGGGGAAGAUCUCAUUAAAAUGCAAUGAAUUUUCAUAAGGAUUUUUUAAUAAAUAAAUAAAUCACAAAUUGCUGCAGAAAUGUGGAGAAUUAGAUUUCAGACUGGAGAAACUGAGGUAACCAAAAUCAACAGAUCCUUUCAUCGCUAACUGACAGCACUAAACCUGUUGUUAAUGCUACUUGCUUGUAAAUAAGGUAUUGUUCAAUCUUUCAUUACAAUUAGAAUUAUUUCAUUUUUAAGGCAAAUAUUUGAAACUGAGAAGUGCUUCAAAUUCUGGCUUGGAUUUCACUCCUAUAUUGAAAUACUUUUGAUGGCAACGAAUUCCAGAAGAGCAUCCAUGUUAUUCUGCUGCAACACAAAUGGACAACAGGUCUGUGCCACAGGACUUUUUAUUGUUUCUGCAAUACUUUUGGUGCCUUGUGAAUUAAAGGCAUUGACAGUAGCCUGGCUUUUUGUGUUUUUUAAAACUGUUGAUUCCCGGAUUUCGCCUCCACUAGACUAUCAUCUAUGAAGAAACACUUAUACCACCAUUAUCUCCAACUGUAUUGAAUUUGUAGCUCCACUCUAAUGCAGUUAUGGCCCUGCUAAUGCAACCUUGCAAGAACAGAUGUUUGGACCAGGAUAGCUUCAAGGGUUUUUCAUAAUGUUCUUUUAGACAGGCUCCUGCCAUUGAUGAAGUCUGAAAAAUGUUAGUUGUCAGAGACUGUGCUAGCAAAGCAGGAUAUAUUACAUAUAUUUGUAACCUUCAGAGGGUGUGCGUGGUUGCUGAGGGUGCAAAACCGAGGGAAUCUGUGGGGUCACAUAGGGUCCCCAGCCACACUCAAAAUCCUUCACCCUUUUUCAAAAAUAAUGAUAACCCAGCUAUAAUUCCAGUUCCCAGGACUCCAGUAGGCUGUUUGUGUGCUUUAAAUGUGUAGUGUGUGUAGCCAUGGUGGUACAUGUAAGAGCUCUAGCAGUGGAGGGGAGUGACCACAUGGUAGGCCCAAUGUUGCAGGGAAGGAAACUGUUCUGACUGAAAGCCCGCUGUUUGGAUUUGGGCAGAAAAAAAGAGAGAGAGAAAGAGAAAGCAGCAAGCUUCCAUUUCAAGCUCAGCGGUGAAGAGCUAGUAAUUUGAGUCAAUGGUGCUGUCAGGACAGCACUCUGGAGCAGAAGUCAAGGAACUCACACAGCAGAAUCAACAGCAAAUGCAACAGGGCCUACUGAACCCCCCAUUCUGAUGGAAGUGAAGUAAAACACAGGGACGGCUGUAAAGUCUGGGCCUACAAAUUACUCAACAGCACCACAGAGUAGGGCACAAUAGAAAGGGGAUGACGGUGUUGCUCUUCUUUACUUAAGGAAGCUUCAUGCCUUCCUUUGGGCCGCAUUAGCAAUUUAGAAUCUUUGUUUCAGUGCCUCAAAAGUGUUAUGUUUUGUUCCGAAUUGUUGUGGUGGUGAUCCGUAGCCCUCCAUUUCCCCACCUCCCUGGCAGCACCAACCCCUAUUAACUCUUCACAUUUAAUGUGGGGUGCAGAUUUCAUUCUCUGCUCUCUUGGGCACAUAAACAAAUGGAGGAGAUAGAGAGAGGAAGGGUCUCUUGAACUCUGCUGCUAUUGGCAUUACUGGAAGGGUGGAAUGGAUGGGAAUUCUGACCAGAAUCCCCAUUUGUCCUGGGUUGGGGCAACAACAGCAGAAAAGCAAGGGGGAAGAAGGGAUAUACAGUACUUCACGUUCUCCCAUACAGUGGUACCUCGGGUUAAGUACUUAAUUCGUUUCGGAGGUCUGUUCUUAACCUGAAACUGUUCUUAACCUGAAGCACCACUUUAGCUAAUGGGGCCUCCUGCUGCCACCGCGCCGCUGGAGCACUUUCUGAAGCAAAGUUCUUAACCCAAGGUACUAUUUCUGGGUUAGCGGAGUCUGUAACCUGAAGUGUAUGUAACCUGAGGUACCACUGUACUUGUUUUAAUUCCAAACUUGCUGGCCACAUUGAGGAGCUGCUACUGAGCUAGUCCAAGCUAGUACUGCACUAAAAAAACCUCUGAGGGCGGGAUUCACUUCAGUAGAUGCCCUGUGCAAGGACUCCCUGUUGCACAGUGGGACUUCCUCACCUCCUUUCCCAUCCCCUGGCCCCCCAAAUUGGUUUGAGGGGGUUCAGGAGAACCUCCAGAACAGCACAUGGGGGCAGGAGAGAAGGAAUUAUUCAAUCUGGCAAGCUGAAAAGGUCUUACUGAUGGAACGUUUAACAUAGCACAGUGUUGAAUUUCCUCCUUUAUUUUAAAAUAUUUUCUUAUUUGAGAAGAGUAUUGUACCCUUAAUUCUUGCACUUGUACAAAAGUGGUCUCUUCAUGCCCUGUAGGUUGUGGGGGAACUCCAACUCUGAGCCAAACAGUGAAUGGGAAGAUGGAUUGAGCAGAGGGACAAAUCUCUCCUUCAGCAAUUGCUUAUAGGCCCCCACAUAUUUUUAAAGAAGCAGUUGAUAAUUUAAACCAUUAUGUAACUGCUUAGAUUAAAAAGAAGGUAGGAAAUUGCUUCCAAAGCACCCAUGGCUCUUUAAGUGGGGCGAUGGGAAGGGUGAGCAACAAAUUGAAUCCAUUAUAGCAUUACGCUCCACAUUCAGCAUUGUUAUCGGAAGUCAUUAUGCUAUUUGGAUAACUGGUUUGAAUUGGAUCAUUUGGAUUUAAGGUGUACCUUGGUUCCCAGUUCAUCCGGCAUCAUCUGGUUGUAACUUCAAUUUGUGGCUGCGAAGGAAGGACUCGAGGUUUCUCUCCAAGUUGUUCAGGGUGGUAUACAAAAACGGACGCAUUUGGAUUUUGCCUGCAAAGGAAGAUUAUGGGCUCAUCUAGACUUCCUUUCGUGCUGUGUUGCCAGGCACAGGUCCACGUUUUCAAGCUCCGUGUCUGAGAGUUUUCUUUCUUGUUUUUUGUCAUGACACUUUCCCCAGGAAAGCCUGUGUUUUACCAUUGAAUUGGAGCCAAGCGCAGUCGGGUUUUCCAAGGAUUGCCAUUUGCUCUGAUUCAGUGGUAAAAUGUGGGUUUUUCCAGGGAAAGCACUAGGACGAGAAACAAAAACUGCUCAGACAUGGAGCCUUAAAGCAUGGGCCUGUUCCUGGAAAGCAUAUCGCAAAAGGAAGUCUGCAUGAGCCCUUAGAGUACACUUCUGAUUCUUCCUUUUUACAGCCACCCUGCCUUGAACUUUCCCAUGUCUGAAAUCAUGUGGGUAUGGCUUGCUAAAAAUGGAUUUGCAGGCCUGAUUAGGCCAGAGGUUCUGCACCACUACACUAAAUUGUGGUUUAGCAUUAUGUUCAAACAAAUGCAUGAUGUGGUCUCAUCCGUGAAUCACAUGGGUUGGAUGGCUGAUCUUGUUACUUCCACUGCCAAUAUUGCCAGAGCAGACUGAACCCUGUGGAAGUUGCCCUUGUCACAAUGCAGUGGGAAAAUUAGGGCAUAAAUCUCCCUUUCCCUCAAGGAACUGUGCAGACACAUCAAGUUAUUUAUUAAGGAGCCUCCACAUAGUGAGUCAUGGGCACUCGGAUUCAUGGCAGGUAUCAAGAAGUGGCCUAUGCUGGCCAUAUAGAGCCAUUCACUUUGAGAACCUUGGCUUGUGUUACUGAGCAAUAGUCACUUUAUAAUUUGAGAUGAAUCAUAACAUCAAGGCACACUGACUCUCGCAACAAGUACGUAAGACAUUCACCGGUAAUUUUGUUCUGCCUCCUCCUCCUCUCUCUUACAGAGCCCUUCUGUCUUUCAUACUUGAAAGAUGAACCAGGCUCUUCACCACUGGGGUUGCUAUCAAGAACGAACGUCUAGCAAAAUUGAGCCUUCAGCCUUUCUGCCUUCAAGCAGUAGUGCAUGUACUUUGCAUGCAAAAAGUCCUAAGUUUAAUCCCCAUCAUGUCCAGGUACGUUCCAGUCAAGAGUCCUGUUAGUCAACAUGCACAGUACUGAGGUAGAUGGACCAGUGAUGUGACUCAGCAUAAAGCAUCUUCCUAAGUAUCACUCAUCACAAAGACAUUUUGAUGCCUUCUGAAUAGUGGAGUAUUUGAUCUGGGCUGGUCUUUCGCAAUAGUGUCUUCCUAUGGAAAUUAAAAGCAGGUUAAUGAGUCAGGCAGAUCAAGGUUUCCCGAGGAGCUGCUUUCAGCAGUUGACGCAGAGGAGGAGGCUGGGUAAGUGUUGAUACUAAGCCUUCUUACAUUUUGAGGCGUAUAUGAGUGGGUUACAAAACAAAUUACUAAUCUAGGCUGAGACUUCACAGGGCUGGUUGUUCAAGAAAUGCUGCCGUGUUCUUGGUAUGUGGGCUGGAAAUGUCCCCUGACUGAAACCCUGGAGAGCUGCUGCCAAUCAGUGUCAGCAACAAUGAGAUAGAUCUGACUCAGUAUAAGGCAAUUUUCUAUGUUCUUAAUAAACUUUGGGAGCUAUAAUAAUAAUAAUAGCAGAGGUGAUGGUGAUGGAUGAAUAUUAUGUGAGGGUUCUCUGCUCGCCUUCUAUUUAGAUGAGGUAGUCCAGGUUCACCCAGUUUGAAGUUUGAUACUCCAACUACUUGCAACAUGCUUCCUAUCUCAUCCUAACACUAUUUUAAUGAAGGGAACCUACAUGAAGUAUCAUUUUAUAAUAAUUGCUCUCUUCCUCCCUCUGAAGUCUCCUUCUCUGUAUUAUAUUCGUGCACACAUUUUAUGUGAGCUCUACUUAACCACGUAAAUAUGAAAUGCCAGAUAGAGUAUAUUACAUAUUGCUUAAGCAGGCCUGGGAUGAAAUCUCUCAUUAUUUGUGCCCCUUUAUGCUUUUCAUGUAUGCAUCUUUUGACCUUUUGUGGGUGGUGUUUUCCAUUCCUUUUCCCUUUUUUGUGAUACAUGUACAUAUCCUCCAACUGAUCAAAAUAGGGAUGCUUGUUUUUUGUCCCUGAGCUCUCGCAGCAGCCAGAUCACUCAAGCGAUGGGUUGGACCAAAAACAGGACAUUCUGGGAUAGAAUCAGAAGUCAGGAUGGCUUCUGUAAUUCUGGGGUGUCUCACUUAAAAUUGGAUGUUUGAGGGAUAUGCAUGUGGCCACCCUGUGCAUGUAUGCAACUUUCCACUGGAGUAAAUAAAAGUUUAAAUAUGAACAUUUAGUACCGACUCAAGCUUGCCAGCCUACUGAUUUUAGCUGGCUAGGCAUAUACUUUACUGUAUAUGUAUGUGACCUAAUAAUAGUAUACCGGUUUUGCUUACAAUUUGCUUACAAAAGCAUACCUGAAAAUAUUAUGAAUAGUUCCAUAAAACGUCACAGGCUAGUAGACCUGUUCUGACAAUGCAUACUCUUUAAGCAAACUGCAUGAUUUUAAAAACUACUUACUUCCAACUAUGAAUGCUCAGCACUAUAGCCCUAAGGGAUACCGCCUACAAAACAAACAAACAAACAAACAAAACGAAGGGAGGAAGACAAACUGUAAUCUCUAUGGAAGGUAACUUUUUCUUGAAAACAGACUAUUAAGGGUAUAAUCCUAUAUUUUGGGAGUAAGCCACAUUGAAUUCUGAGUAAACAUGCAUAGUAUUGUGCCUUAAGAUAUUUAUGUUCUUUAGAAAAUUAAAGCCUCGUUUUCUCCCAGUUGUAAACCUGUGUCUCAACUGUACCAGUUCUGUGGGACAUUCCCCCCCACCCCCCACAAAAACAAUCCUUUAAAUAGAAAACCAGCUGGGCUAAAACCUUUAUCUUUGUGUGUGUGUGUAUAUGUGUGUGUUUAGGGAUUUAAAAAUAUAUACCAUUUGUGUGUUUGAAGGAACAUUAUGAUAUGCAAGUUCUCUGCUGUAGUCUACAACUCACUAAUAGGGAUGCCCAACACUGCAGUCCAAUACAUGUCUAUGCAGAAAUACGUUCAUGGAGUUCAUGGGGCUUAUCCAGGUAAGUGGGUACAGGAUUGCAGCCAUAAUCAGUGCACAUACUGUAGUUUCACACAAACAUUAAUUCUGUUUUUCCUGUGCAUUAUUUAAAAAACUGAAGUUGUUUCCAUUAUCAUCUAAAUAUAAUGGGUUUCCUUACUAACUGAAGGCAAGUAGAAAUUCAAACUUGCUUUAGAGUCCACAAGAUGGCAGGCUACUGCAGCAUAAGCCUUUGAGCAUAGCAGGGAGGGGGAGAGAAGCUUUUUAGUUUGAAAUUCAGAGGCAAGAUAAAUGCUACUUCAGAUUAAAAAAAAAUUCUUAAGUGACUUUUGUAUUGGAAGGAAGCCUUAUAUCAUUUGGCCAAGGUAUUCUUUUUAAAAAGAAUGUAAAGCUCCCGCUAAGAGAUAAAGCACAUUUUGCUUUUUGUCCUGAGCACUGUAUCUAAUAUCUGCUGUUAGUAUGAGCUAUGCCAUUACAGAAAUGUCACCACUUCUUUAAAGAACUUGGGGGGGGGGAGCAAGGAAUGGCCAAAGGAACAGCACACAUGCCAGAAGAGAAAGUUAAAAUACACACCAUCAACUAGGUACUUUUUGUAGCCUAUGUAGUUGAACAUAAGACUAUAGGAUCUCUGUUGGAUCAGAACAAAGGUCCAAUUAGUCCAGAAUUCUGUUUCCGUUGUGGCCAAGUGGGAAAGGCUAUGGGAAGCCCACAAACAGGGCAUGAAUGCAAAAGCCCUCUGUUGUUUGCAUUUCCCUGCAACUGGUAUUCAGAGGCCCACUGCCUCAGAGACAUUAUAUAACUAUUGCAGUCACUGAUUUCUUUAUCCUCUAUGAAUUUAUCUAAGCUCUUCUAAAAGCCAUUUAAGUUGGUGGCUCUCACUGCAUCUUGUGGCAGUGAAUUCUAUGGUUUAACUGUGCACUAAAUCUGGAUGACAUUCAGAAUAUAAGAAGAGCCUGCUGGAUCAGCCCAGUGGCCCAUCUUAGUCCAGCAUCCUGUUCUCACAGUGGCCAACCAGACACCUAUGGGAAUCCAGGAAGCAGGACCUGAAUUCAACAGCACUGUCCUGAGGCUUCCAGCCACUGGUAUUCAGAAGCGUAUCUUCGAGAAUGGAGAUAGAACAAAGCCAUGAAUUUGUCUGUCCCGAAUCUUUCAAUAAAAGGUUCAGAGAAUGUACUGAAUCUGGCAGGAGGCUGACUUUCACAGUAAGGUCUUCACAUGUGGCCUCUUGACAUGUAAGCGGAUCACUGGAAAGAGUGUCUGGAGAUGUAAAAUACAACUGGGUGGUGUUUUUCUCUAACAUUCAAAUGAUCUCAUUCAGCGCAGAUGAGCCCAAUAAAGCUCAAGUGCAGAUAUUUUGUCUCUUGGCAUGGCAGGAGACGCACAUCUACAGCAGUCAUGUAUCUUCCUGCAAGUUUCACUUCAGAUCUUACAAAUAGGCACUGCUGGUUUGUGUUUGAGAAACUGCACAUCUAGCUGGCAUUGCUUCUGUAAUGUCUGAAAAUUAUCUUUGGCACACACCCCUUUUCACCAUGUCGGGUUGUUUGCAAGUCUCUGUGAACUUUGCCCUCUAAAACUAACCACUAUGUUAUGGUUUGAAAGAGCUUUAUUAUUAUUCUUUGUGCCAAGAAUUGAUAAAGAGUCAAGAACCACUGAUCUUGGCAGGGACUGACAAUUCCCACUUGGCUCCUUUGAAACAUAUACUUGCUCCUGAAAUAUGUAAGGAAGCCAGAGGUUUUUAAUGAGCUUGGAGGUUAGCAUCCCAGGACAACCCAACUGGGUCAAUAGGCCUUCAAGGCAGUUCAUGGUCUGUGUGUAUGCAAGGACAGAGAAACCAUGUGCCACACCACCACUAAGUGUGCAUUGUGAUGGUGGGUGGGGGAGAGACAUGUACAUAGAUUGCUGAAAUCCUUCCAGUUCAAGAAAGGCAUGAAACAAUCACAGGAAUUGUCCAUAAUCUACAUACAAACUUGCCCUGGUUGUUGGUGGCAUCUGUCUGUCUUGGGAGACAAUGGAGGAGUACACCUUUGAGGAUGUAGUCAUGUUACAUCAUGUUUAGGGAGGAGGGUGCACACACACACAUAAAUGUGCCCCUUGCUGUAUUUGCACAUGGACAAACAAUAGAAGACUUAUAACUGCUGCUCAUGUAAAACCUUGCAUUCAUAACAAAGCUCUGGGAAAUUAAGAUACUUCCAAACCAGAAUCUCCCAUCAAGGUGCUAAUCUUUUACUUCAUCCCUACUUCAUAACUGCAUUUCAAUUUUGAAUGUAAUGAGUCACUUCAAGUGUAAAUUCAUUUCAGUGUCUUACCAGGAAAAAAAAACAUGGCUUAGCCUUGAGCCAAGGGGCUAAUUCUCAGAAAUUGUUUUCAAUGUCCAGGGCUUAGCUUCAAAACAUAUGAGGGAAAAAUACAGAGUCAUGUUCAUAUUGUUUUUCCUCACUAUUGAAUGAACCGGAAAACCUUCCUUCUUGUGAGUACAUGACAGACUGUGUAAUGACCAAGCAAACCUGAGUUCUGUCACCUGUCAGUUUUACUAAUUAUGCAUUAAGAUACCAUAAAGAGAGUUAAAAGCAUAUAUUGUAGCAGGGGGUGGUUGAAGUAACCAUGCCAGCUAGUCUAUCUAACUAAGCUGGUGAGAUUUCGCUGCUUCUGACCCCCCCAAAUAUAGUAUCAGGUUUUGCAUGGUGCCUGAAACAAAACCCAAUGAAGCCUUUUGAAAGGGCAUGGGGGUGAGCAGGCCCGAACAGAGGCAGCGGGUAGGGGAGCCAAUUGGCAUGGGCCUAUGAUUUUCAGGAGGCCUACUCUGAGUCCCUCUGGUAGGAUAUUGUAAAGAGAGUCAAGGGGGAUCCUUUAACACAACAUAUUAAUAUUUUAAAGAAGAUACAUAAAACAUUAAUACAAGAUAAAAUAUAGAUAAGUAAAAGCAGAAAUGGGGCCUUUAUUUCCCAUCUGGCCUGUUACCAGCUUUGCAUGGCCCUGAGGGUGAGGGCACAAAUGUUCUCUACCCAAUAAGCUCUUUCCAGCCGUGGGUGCAGAAAAGGUACCAAAAGGGUGCAAAUGAAGCAUCAGAAUAAAAAUCCUGAAAUGUCCUUCACAGAAAGCAGUCAACAUUAGACCACUCUUUUUGAAGCCAUUUCUCGGAUAAAUAACACUGAUGGCUCUGUUAAUGCUUUUGGCCUCUGCUAUGUUGAGCUGCGGAAGACAAAAUGCAUGAACACAUGGUGUGCCAGUGAGGGAGGUCCUGACCCUGAACUAUUUAGUGGCACAACUAUAGCAGCACGACCUGCAAAAUGUGAUCAUGUUGGCAGCAGCACACAGGAGGUUUCAUCCUGAUAUCCAUAGUUUUUACACAAAUAGAAACUUCUUUGAGGGGGGGAGGGUUAGAUGCAAAGAAUCAGUCUGGAAAGAAAAUUGGCUGUCCUUUAUUUUUAUGCAUAUAGAUUUGGGUGAAAACAGUUGUUUAUGAAAUCAGGAUUUGGAGACCCUGAGUCUCAUACAGCUCUAGUUGCACACAACUGAGUGGAACAAUUAGUGGCUCUGGACAAGCUGCACACAUAUUGAUUUUAAUGCUUAGUAGUACCUCUUAGCAUAUUGUCAGGUACAGUACACUGAUCUUAAUAGAUGUGUGUACAUCACUAAAUGUCUCAUCACUUCCUCAUUAAGUAGCCAAAUGUGUAUGAACCUUCUGCUGAAAAGUGAUCUGCCUGAGAGUUCGCCCAAAGGGCUGUUGGUGGAGUUUUAUUUGUGCUGGUAGUGUUGUAUAUGCAGCCCACCACUAAACGCUGCAGUCACCAAACAUAUAUGUGUGAUUACCUAAGGAGGAAAAGCAAGUGGAAAUCCCUCCCCUGCAAGCCAGUGGGCACAGUAUCUAACAACAGCCAUGUUAUUUUAGCACCUGAGGCAGAAAAUCCCACAGGUAUCUUUGUUGACUGACAGGCCUACUUGUCAUUAUUUGCAGGACUCAAGCAUUAAGGAAAGAAGACUCUGCCUUCUUCAAAAGGUAAUCUGAACAUCCAUUUCAAAUCAUUAUUAACCAUUUCAGUUUGGCUUUUUAUUUGCUUUUCCAUUCAUUCGAAAAGUGCUGAGGUUUUCUUGUAAUUCGUUAUACAGAGAAUGGGUUUGCUGCUAUAAAACAAAAGCACUCAGAUUGUUAAAUUUGUCAUCAUCUUUCUCGCAACUGAGAGCUGGAACCAUGGGUGGGAGUUUUGCUGUCAAGGCAGGAUGAACCACCCACUCUUUCUGCAGAUAUUUGGAUGAUAUUUUAACCUUUAAAGCUAAGUUGCUAAGUGACAUUGUUUGAAAAGAGGUAGCCUUUCUGUUUCUGUUUUUUGUGAAGGUUUUUUAAACUAGGGCACUAAAAAGAAGUUCACAUUUCUCAGGUGUGCAGCUUCUCAUGCCGCAGCUCUGCCUGAGUGAAGAAAGACUUCACCUGAUCGCCUGGCUUUUGCGAGCUCUAAAAGAGGCUGAAGCUGUUCCUCUCCUUUUGGGAACACACCUUUAAUUAAAGAACACGUAUAAUUGCUGGAAUAUAACCCUAAUGCAUUCUGAGCUUGCAUUUACCUUAUGGUGUUGGAAAAGAGGCUAGAGCUAAUGAAAAACAGGUGCAUAUGAAUUUAUCUCAAAUCAAGGGGCCUUAUGCACUCAAUUAACAGCUCUAGUGGAGGGAUAGGGAAGCAUUUUCCAGCCAGUAUUUUUGUUGAUUUCUGGGCAAUAUGGCAGGGGUGGGGGGCAGGCACAUGCCAGUGGUGAGUAGGGUGAGAGAGAGAAAGUGGAUAGAGCAAGUAAUGUGAAUUUUAGCUUGGCAAAGUACGCUAAUUUCUACACACACUCACAUACCCACCUCUGUAAAGCAUUAUCAGAAUUAUGGGCAACAUGCCAGCCAGACACAAACACCCAAAAAGGAUGCAUGAAAAUGAAUGUAGCCUGGCGUGAGUUCUGAAGGUAAGAUGGAGAGGAUCAGAGGGCCAACUUGGCACCCAGAUCUGAGGUUCCCCAUCAAUUCAAAGAGUUGAGGAUUUCAGUGGCAUUUAAGAAGGUAAAUGUUCUCUGGAUUGCUCCCAAUGUCUUUAGUCAGUUGCAUUCUAUAGCUGUUGCUCUCUGCUACCACUGGGUAACCCAUGGUAACAGAAGCAUUAGAAUCUGAUACUAUGCAGCAAACGUCCUGUCUUAGAAAUGUCUGAUCAACUACUAUAAGUGUAUUGGGAAUGUCACCAUUGUGCUGUUGGUGGAUGUGGGGUUCACCGAAAGGCAAGUGACAUGUGGCAAAAAUAUGUAAAUAUGUUCUACAUAAGAUCGUAAAUAUGUAGCCGCUUGAAACCUUCUAAUUGCUGCACGCUUGGGCAUCACUGCUCUUGCCCCAUAUUGUGGUCACUGAAUUUCUUCACUGGGCUCCGUUUUGCAACUCUCCAGACGCUUUGCGUCCCAAAAGUUAAACAAAGAUUCUACACACAGAAGAGUACAAGGAUGUUAUUAAAAUACAACCUCAACAGUAAACAUUUUAUUCACAAAAAUAAAUACAAAAGUACUCUGGCAAGUAUUUUAAAGCAUGAGCUCAAGAGAUACCCCACAACUAAGAAAUCGUGUUUCAAAGCCCAAUUCAAGCCACAGUUUCGGCAGGAACAAAAACCCAGAACAUUUUUACACUCAAAUACCAAGGAUAGUCAGACAGAAUGGCGUGAGAGGUUAACAAACCAUAAUUCUACAGACGUACAAAAGCAACGUGGUACUUGUUACUUAUGCCACUCACAGGCCACAAUUUGAAAAAUAUAGUUAGAUUAUCUAUCAUAUAAUCAUAUCUAGCUGCAAAUGACCCGUAAUAGUGAAUAGCAUAUGUGAAUUCAAUCUGAGUUAUUUUCUUGAAGGUUAACAGAAAUGACUCAUGGAUGUAUGGAUGUUCCACCUGGAUGUGUAUUCAAGUGUAACCUGGAUAAAUAAUUUAUCACUCAGCAAAACUUACAACUAUACUACCAAAGUUGUAAGAAUCAACCCUGUUUUGCACUUAGCAGUGGCUGAGGUAUAUUGAUAGGAAGGUGUUGGUUAAAAACUACCAUUAGCACCUGUCCUGGAUUCUUCCUGAACAAAAGCUAUAAGUGCAGGUUUAUGUGCAAUUUGGGCACAGUACUACCCAAUAACAUGUGUCAGCAUGCACUAUGCUAUAGAGUCUGUGGGCAGGAGCCACUAAUUCUGAUGGGGUUCUCCUUGUCAACAGAAGGUAUGUUACUCCUUCUGACUUUCCCGUCACAUCCCUCUGUUCCUACAGCACCAUGUGGUAGUGAACAGGCCUGCUAUUUCAGGUUUUAUAAGUAAUGUCAAUAAUCAGAGUUAAUUAAUACAGCUUACUACUUUUUCACCUGAAAAAGUGUUGUAAGCUAUGCUCCACGUUCAUAUAAACAUAUCACUCCUCUAAUAAAUAUCUGCUACACAAUGUGCGCAUCACACACACUGUUGUUGAAAGUACUGGGAAGCUAUUCAUAUGUUGCUCUCCAGGGCCAGUGUUCCACCAAUUUAAAUGACAAGAGUAAGAAUCAAAGGAUAAUAAUGAUCAUUUCUAAAUACCUGUAUAGAUAGACCUGCAUGGGCUUUGCUCCCAGUGCGGCAUUUAGCAGGUUGUAGGAGCUAGGAUCAUUUUGACAGCAACUGGGAGCAUUUUGACAGCAAAAUGUACGAACCAUCCUCUUACCAAUUCUGCUGCUAGAGCAAUCCACAAUGGUAUGCAGUAAGCAAGGGUGAUGCACAGAGCAGAGGUACCUGAUGAGGAAAUAGCUGUCAUUGACUAAAACAAACCAGCUAUGGCUAUUAGCUAUGGGUGAGGGCACUCCUUCUCCCAGCUCACUUCCACUGAGGACGGGGUGGAAACUAUGCUUCACCUAUGGUGGUUACCAAAGUGGUUCACCUAUGGUGGUUACGCUUCACCUAUCCAUGUAAUGCUCUGACUCUUACCAGAUCGCAGAUACUACCGUGUCAACCAAAGCACUGAGCUGCUGCUUGAUUAGUCCUGUACCUAGGAAAUGCAAAAGCACCCUAAGGCCAUUGCAGUUUAAUAAAUCAGCAUUGUGCUGGGAAGUGGGCCAAUUUCGGUUGCCUGAGUACCUGCAAUUGUCUUUAUGACAUCGAGUGCAACAUGUAGUGCAUGCAAGAGCAGUAACCAGAAACAUGAGAGUAUUGGGGGUGGGGGGUGAGGAGGUAGCAUACAAAGACUGCAAGUGAUUGUCUUUGGGUCAGGAUGUCCUCUGCUUUUUCAGGACAGGACUUUAUCAUGGAUAUCUUUGCAUUCUUCCUAUUAUCUAGAACCCAAACAUUUUCCCUAAACUUAGUUGCGGGGAGGGGGAAUAGUGCUAUGGAGAAACCACCAGUGAUGUUCUGUUUACAAUGAGAAAGGACCAGUGCUGGGAUUGUGUAUAAGGCCUCGUUUUCUAUUCCUAGCAUAGCCUGGCUAAAACAGCUUCAUGUAACAGAUCAAUAAAGGCUUUUGCUCAAAACCAUGAAAGGUGCUGCCUGCCAGUAUAGGCGGCCCUGGGCUAAAUGAAUCAAUGACAUGAACAUAAAACAUAGACCCUUAUAUUUUGACAGAACAGUGUAAAGUAGAAAUAGCAUCAGUGUAAUGCUUAAAAUUUCCCAACCCCACCCCUCCGGUGUCUUUUUCAUCUUUGUGUGGAUAAACGGGGGAAUAUCAAGGGAGGACCUGUUCACUUCUAAUCAUAUAUCCAGUGUUUACAUAACAGGAAAGAAUUUGGGCAAAAAGCUGUGCAUCUUGACCAAAUUUACUGUGAGCAUCAAUACCUGUACAUCAGCCAAAGCAAAUUUGGUUCUGCCUACCUAAUCAUAUCUCCCUCUUGGGACCUAGAGGAACAUUUUACUGGUGACCUACAUACAUUCUAGUUCUUAGAAUUUCCAGAUAUUGUACAAUAAGUGGACUGGGAUAAUGAUAAAAACUUGCAUGAUGCAAAUUCCUUGUCUUUUUAUAUUGGUCCAUGAAGGUAAAAAGUAUUCAUAUUUAUUGGAACUGUUUAUUUUCAUGUCCUCUUGAAUGUCGCAGGGCAAUUCCGACUGCUGAGGCUGUAUUUUGUUAUUCACCUCCACUGCUCUCCAGGCAAUUUGAACACUGAGAUUUUACAAGUCUCAUUACAGUGCUCUGAAGUAAUGGAAAUACUGAGAAAACAGACCAUAGAUUGAAGAAUCACAAAAAGCAAUCGUAAAACGAAGCAUUAUAUAAGAGUUGCCCAGGCUUCUAAUCUUCACUGUCGAAGGCCUUAUUCCUAGGCAUCAUUAGCGUUAGCUACAGUAAUUACUAAAGAUUAGGCUGGGGCAUAGAUAGAACAGAGCAGAUGGUAGAUGCAGAAUAUGCAGAUGUUGCCUCUUUUAUAGGAGUUUAUAGGAGUGCAAGACUGAAUGUCAUUUUGAGAUUUUAAUAGCAAUUCUAGAUAGUAUAUAUAUGCACUCUGCUUGUCUAUGUCACUGAAACUAAGACAAAGAAUAAAGCUCCUGAAAACUUGGGAAAUUUCUCUUCGUUGGUUGCAGUUAAAAACAUGAACCUCUUUUUUAUAACUACUGUACUUAAAGAGCAGCAACUACCCGUGAUUUUGCCUAGAAUUGUGUGUAUACUUUAGAAGUGGGUCACUACAUCCUCCUAACCUGAAUUUCAAAGUACGACAAUUAGCUAAGCAGUAUGAACAAACAGUAAGGCACAGCAUUCAGAGUUCAGAGGCACAGCAAAUAGAAAAGUUAAGGUGCUAAUCAAGAUUAGAGCUAUGGUGAAAGAGCUGAGUGUUUUUUUGUUUUGCCUUGGUAACUCAUCGUGGUAAUGCUUCUUGCUUACAAAACCAACAAGAGUUUUCCCAUACAUUCAAAUAAAACAGCAGGCCACUGAUAAAACCAAACACACAAUUCCUCCAGGGCUGAUUUUGUUCCAUGUACUGUACAUUCAUUAGACAGGUAGCAACUGUGGGUUCAGCUUCAGAAAUUAUGUAAUAGAUUUCAGUCUGCAGUGCUUUUGAUACCUAAAGUUAAGCUGAAUGGUGAAAUAGUUACAAAUUAUUGCUUUUUCUUACUAGGAAAGCUGUGGCUUGGUCCUGUUACCAGAAUCUUUGAAAUGGACUAGGGUUGCUAGCAUCAAUUAAUUAAAUAUAUAUUUAAAAACACACACACAAAUGAUGACUGGUUGGGGUAGCUAUGGUAAAAGUCAAUAAAUUUGCUAUCUCUUUGAAUGCCUGUUCACAGUGCUGUCACAGUGCUGUCAAAAAUGGUUUUUUCAGCUGUUUUGGAAAGUGGGAACACUUUUGUGGUUGUGGCAAAAGUGUGACUUGCCACAACCAAAUGAAAGCUUUCAAAACCCCUGUUGACCUGGGAUAUUGGAGACCUGGACAUUUGUUAAACCAAUUCAGUCCACCAAAAUCCAUGGAAGAAGCAUGGCUCUUCUAAGCCAAUUCCAAUGAGUUAUCUGCCCACCUAGAACAAUACCUAGAGCAUUUGUUCCCACCCUGCUUUUUGUGGACAGAGAUGCAUCACUUCUCUACAAUUCUCUGCUGAAGAGCAACAUUGGAAUUGGAACACAGCCUAUGCUACCUUUGUAUCAGCUCCAAUUCUAAACUCAUUACUAGUGAGUGAGUCUCAUUGGGCACACUGAGACUUAACCUCUGAGCACACACAAACUUAGGUUUGCACUGUCAGUUUUCUAUCCAAAUUAUGAAGGAAGGCAUGCUGGUGUUUUAAGAUCCAUUGCUGAGGGCAACAGUAUCUUACUCACUGACAAAUCCACUUAAAAAACAAAACAACAUUAGAACUUGAUAGCCCUGUCCCUGUUACACUGGGUAAAUGGAUGAAAAAAAUCUUUGAAGAUUUUAAUCAGAGACUGGGCAUAUGCAAGUGUUGGUACUCAUAUACUCUUCAGGCAUCCCCUCCAUGCAAUGUGGUCCGAAUCAUCAUGAUUACAGGUGUUGCUCAAGCAUAUCCAUGUUAACAGACUGGCACUGAUCCCAAAUGACAGGACAAGCUUUAGUGUUGAGAGAUUAGAUAUUAGGAAUAAGCUUGCACAAUGCCACAUCUAGUUGUUUAAGACAGCACACACACACACACACACACACACACACACACACCCCAUACCUAUUCAACAUUUUUUUCACAUGUUCCAGGCUGGCCCACCCAUGAGGCAAACGGAGGCAGAUGCCUUAGGCAGCACCCCCUGACACUGUGUGCUCCCCCCCCCACUGCUGGAGAAGCAGUGGCAGUGGAGUUGGCCAGAUCUCACUGCUGCUGCCGCGUCUCCUCUGAUGCCACCGCAGUCGCCUCCCAGCAUAGAAGUGAGGAGAAGCCACUACCACCUCUCCUCACUGCUGGAAGCUGACGCAGCCAAAGGGUAAGCCCCGUGACUCCGACUUUGAGGACGCGCAGCAGGGGUGGCAGCUGCCAAAUGAGGUGGCACCUCCCCUUUUUGCUUCAGGUGGCAAAACAGUCUGGGCUGUCCCUGCCACCUUCUAUUAAAGUCCUGGCUAGAAAAUUGUAUGAAAAUACCUUUGACAACAGUGCUCUUUGGAGGAGAGCUAUUACUAGUUGCUUUGCAGAUAAUGUGUUUCAGGACAACUGGCAUUUGCCUGGCUGUUUUUCCCCAGAAAAGCCCAUGGUUUAGUGCUGAUUUGGAGCCAAUGGCAAUUGAGUUUUCCACAAAUUGCUGUUUGUUCCAGUUUAUAGCUGCAGAGUGUGUUUUCCAGGGGGAGGUGGUGGAGCAAAGGCAAAACCGCUUAGACCUAUGUUUAGAAAGCACAGGACAACCAAAAAGCUGUUCGGAACCUUGUUUUCUAGCCACAGGACAAGCAGAAGAGUGGGUAAGUUCUGAGUCUACUAUGCAGCAAAGCACUUAGUUUGGUACUAAAAAUAACAUAAAACACCCUACACUCAGUAUAAAUCAAUAUAUCUAAUAUAGGUGGACAUUUUAAGGGUCUCUUCACUAGAUCAAGCAGUAUCCAGCCCUCACUUUAUUCCCCAUGCUCCCAGUCACCCAUCCAGUUUCAGUUGCUCACUAUAUGCUCCCACAUAACACAUGCUGUGUGCGAGUGCAUGUAUCUGCCUUUCCGAUAACAGAUAGGCUUUCUCUUCUCUCCCAAGUUUCUAAAAAUGUGAAUAGGGAAAAGCACACACAUUAAACUGUCUUUUAAAUGUUCAUAAAAUGGUGGGGGGAAUAUGGGGUGAUAUAAUACAAGGCUCAGUGAGGUUUGUUGUUUUUUUUUGAAGGGUUUUUUGUUUGUUUGUUUGUUUGUUUUUGCAGUAGCGCCAUACAGCAAGAGAGUCCUUUUCUGGUUUUGAAAGUUCUCAGAAUGAUGCAGUCAUGGAGCAGAUGGGGGACAGGGGAGGAAAGGAUUUGUUCCUUUUGAAUUUAGUAAGGCCACUAUGGCAUCCAAAAGAUUUGGAUUCAGCCACAUUUCACAUAAAAGUUACAAUGGAAUUAUCAGCCAGGGGGAGGGCAGCAAACACAUUUUGCCAGGUACCUAAUGCUGUUUCGUUGUUAUACCUGGAGAAAAUGCAAUAUUCUUGCAACAGAAGUGCAACGUUGAAUAAAAUAUGUGGGCUACGAGUUAAAAAAAUAAAUAAAUAUGGGUCUGUUCAUUGCGGAAAAAUGUGAAUCACGAGGAGAGAAAAGAGGCCUUAAUCAAGAGUACAUCAAGAGCACACUUCAAUAGGUGGCAGCUUAGACUUUACCACUGGCUGUCUCAUGCAAUUUAAUUGCCGUUGUCUGGAACUGUGGCAUGUAUGGUAUGAAAGCUUGAACAGGGGUUUCACACUUGUUGAUAAAGGGAUUUAGAUCACUGGUUAUAUCUUGAGGAAACUUCAUGCCUCCAGCUAGAGCAUUGGUGUGAAAGUGACAAACCCCAUUGGAACUUUCUGUUAAAAAGAUGUCAUUUUCACUUUUGAGUGAGCUCAUUCCUAAGUAGAACAUGCUUCUCUUUGGACUGUCUUCCUCACUGAAAGUUCUACCCUGCUCUGAAGGUUCUGAGAAGCCCUCAGAAGAAACAACAGAAAGAGAGAGCUUUUGGGGGGACAGGUGUUCAUCGCAAUCAGGCAAUAGCAGAAAUGACUGAUUUCCCAUUGCCCAAGAACCGCCAGAGAAAGAUGUUGGAACUAAGGAAUCAUGGCCUACAAAACCUCUUACAAAAGAACUGCUUAGAUCCUUUGAUGGCUCAUAAAGCCCACUUGACAUGGAGUUGGUUAAAAUAGUCGCAUAUUUUAUAUUAGAUUGUCCUGUCAUUCCACCACGGGUUUCAGCAUCAUGGACAUUCUCAGAGACACUAUCACUAUUGAAAUGGCCACUAGAGCAAGCUGAGUCAUGCUCCAAGUCUUGUGUGGUUGCAAACAGAGAGUCAAUAGCUAGUAAGUCUUGUUUGUCUUCGUCUUUCAUUGCUUUCUCAAUACUGAUAUCUUCCAACACUAUUUCUGACUCCAGAAGAAGAGGACCAAAUGACAGUGCUUCAGGAUGCUUGAGAAAGAGAUGUUCAAAGGUUUCAGGCUAGAAGACAAGAUACAUUUUAAUGCUCAUUUAUUAAUUAAUGACUUGAAAUGAACAGAAAAGAAAGGUGGGGAAAAGGAAAUACAUUAAACACUUCAAUUUUAUUAUUCUUAAUUUGGCACAACUUUAAAAGCCUGAUGAAUGUAAUGGCAUUCACAUUUCAUGAAGUUGUAUGCUUUAUUUUAAGUAGUGUGCAUAAGCAUUAUAACAAAAGAGAGAUUAGUGCCAGAAAUUUGUAACACAUUUACAUUUAUGAUACCAUUGGAGUUUGAAUAAUACUGAAGGUUCCAUUUCAGGUCAGUCUCUGAUGAGCUUAUGUAACAAAGGGAAACAUAAUUGUUCUGAACCAGAUUUUCAUUCUUGUCAAUGAAGAGAAAGUAUGCAUGCAUUACAUUGGCAGUGCUGAAGCCCUGAGUCUUGCUCCCUAUUUAUGCCUUUGGAGUAGACUGGUAGGAAAAAGUUCCUACCCAUUUCCACUUCGAAGGACUGGGCUAUAGUGCACUUUGGCAGCAAACUGGUUCAUACAACUAGCACAAUGAGCACCCACCCACUUCAGGGAAAAGGGCCUCAAAAUUUGUUAAAGCAAUUGCUCUGAGCCAGUUUUUCAUUCAUGUCAUUUAGGAGGAAUUAUGAGAAUAAUGGGGAGGGCAAAGUUUUGCAGCACUUAAAACCCACAAGUUGACAAGUAAAAUUGGCUGUGGUCAACAAUUACAGUCUCUGCAAAUUAUUAAAGUCCACCCAAAGCCAUCCAGCCUGGGUAAUUAAGGUUCACAAGUUUUAUAGCCUAUAGUAUAUGGAAGAAAUGAUGCGGUCUAUCUGCACCCCUUACUUCUCCAAUCCGGUAGAAAUAAUGAUGGAUAUAUGUGUCAUUGGUACAAGUGUUUAUCAAGAGCAGCCAGUCCUUAUCAACUUCAAGAAUUUAGUCAAGUGCCAUACCUAACAGGCUACUGUAUCCUGAUAUCUGGUCAAGUUGCUUCCUACUCUGACGAGAUGUUUUCUGGUAUCUGUUAAGUCUGCAUGGGGAAUUAUUCUGGCUUCUUGAAAAAUCAAAACCAUUUCCUGCAAAUUUGUAUCCAGUGGUACUAAACCCAUACUCUGAUCAGAUAUUGAUUAAAAUGUAAUGCCAUUUUGCUUCCUUCCUACCUACUAGCUACCCAGGGCUAGUUCUAGAGUCAUGGGAUAAGGCUAUGCAUUCCAGGUGCAUAGCUUCUCCUCUUACCCUGCUCAGGUAGGCAGUUUUUAUAAGCCCAACAGAGAAGAAACUAAAGAAAAGUGGCUUAUAAAUCUAUAUGACUAUCAAAAUACAAAAAAUUGCAGUAGCUAAAAUAGGAGAAGAGAGACUGCUUAUAUAACACAGGGGUCCCUUGGGUGCUAUAGAGAUUUUCUGUACAGAGAGACGUAUGAGGCUCCCACAGAUCACACAGUGAUAGGGCUUGAGUUUACCACUACAGCUUUCUAAUGCAGCUCUCUGAUACUUGACCUACAGGGUCAAAUCAAGGACACAGAUUGCAUAAAUCAAAUAAGCCAUAUGUUAGCAUGAAUGAAUAUGAAUUAGAAUAUGAAUUAAUAUGAGUUAAUAUGAGUUAGAUGUUGUAGGUACUGUUUCCUGGAAAAAAACACCCCACAAUGCUACAAUGAUAAAAUAGUUAAAUGCAGAGUAAAUUGCUUAAGCAUUUGGCUGUUAAAUAUUUGCUCUUGAAUAUAUGCAUCAAAUGGGAGUGCCAGGAAAACAUUUUUACAGCAAUUUAAGCCUGUGAAUAGUAACACAAAGGGAGCAUUCAUAACUUCAGUAGCUGUCAUAUAAAAUUUAGUUUGGAUUCAACUGCAAGAUAACGAGAGAGUGCAAAAUACAGUCACUUAAAGUCCUACAUGCAAUUUAUUUGUAUUCACGAUAUGAAAAAGUGAUCCCACUGACUUCACUGGGGAAACUGUAACUUGGUAGUUUUGAAGGAUUGGAGUGUGGCUGCAAAAAAUAAUGGUUUUUCAAUAUUCUGUAGACAUGAGGUUGUCUGAAACAUUACUCCUACUCAAGAGUAGACCAACUAAGGUUAAUGAAGAUGACUAAUUUAAUUUUUACUGCAUGCCCUUUGUUUAUGUUGCAUUUUUCUUUUGUAGAAAAUCUCAAUUACAUUUUGGUAUUUCUAUGUUACCUUAGGGCAUCCUUUCUGGUGUGGGCAGAAUCUUAUUUCUCUGUCUUCCCUCUCGUCCUGCUCCCUAUCCCCAGCUCCCCAUGCCUAAGUAAUUAAGAAUGGCUGGCUGGUAGGUGUUCAAAUACCUCCUGUCCCCUGCAAUACCCUGGUGUGAUGCCUGUGUUCUCACCUCUGCAGGCAUUUCAAGAGGGGAAAGUAGAAAAAGGCCUCCAUUGAGCCAUAGGUACAAUGCCCUGUACACAAGUCCUAUACUUACACUAGGAAGUAUAGCCCCUUUAGUGUUUCCAAUAAUAAACUUUUUGUUCAAACAUGUUCAAUAUUUUUAGGAGCUUCUUCUAAAACUGAACUUCUACACCAAGUGCACUGAGGUAAACAGAAAUUGGAGGGAGGGCAUGGAAAAUCCUGUUGCUUUCAGAACUCAUCCUCUGUUACAUAUAUUGACAUUGCUUUUUAAAAUGCUAAUACACUAUUGAUAUAGUCAAGUAAAUACAAUAAAGAAAGAAAAAUGAGUUUAAUAGACUAUCUAGAAACUGUAAUAUGCAUAAUCACAGAGGACCCAGUCAGGGAAUUAAGAAGGUUUUAAGAAUUAUGUUCAUUUCAAAGGCAAUUUGGAGAUGUAUACAUCUAUGAAAUGAAAUUAAAGUGGAGUAGAUGUGCAUAGCUAAACAAACAAGUGGGAUUUUCCAUAUAUCUUGUGUGACAUUCAGUACUCUGAUGGACAUGAACAGAAAUCACAUGUACUUCCGUAAUAGUGUUGUCAGGCAUCUCUUGUCUUUAAGAAAAGUCUCUUCAUACAAAGAAGAUCACAGACCCAUAGAAUCUAAUAGCUUCUCAUUAACACAGAGUGCCCUAUUUUGAAGGACUUUGAACUGGAAGUUCAGUUUCUAAGGAAGUUCCUAUUUCAUAUUCCAACUGAUAACCUCAAAGUCAGUCGAAAGUUUAAAAGCCAUAAUGUCAGAGUAAUUGGGUACUUUUCUUACUAAUCAAACUAAGUAGAGAGGGUUUCUUCCUGAAUAAAACUGUUUUAGAUGUGGUUACUUAUUCAUGACAGUCUCUUCUUGCUUCCUGUUCAAUUUAUAGGAAAUAUUAGAGUAACUGGGAGGAGUUCAGGGCUGUGCCUCUACUGACUAUGCUACUCAGCUACAGUGGUACAUCUAGUUACAAACUUAAUUCGUUCCGGAGGUUCAUUCUUAACCUGAAACUGUUCUUAACUAGAGGCGUGCUUUCGCUAAUGGGGCCUCUUGCUGCUGCUUCGCCGCCGGCACAUGAUUUCCAUUCUCAUCGUGGGGCAAAGUUCUCAACUUGAAGUAACUUCCAGGUUAGCAGAGUUUGUAACCUUAAGCAUUUGUAACCUGAGGCAUUUGUAACUCGAGGUACCACUGUACAUACAUAGAGCUCUAUUGACGCCACAGAAUAAUCACGUUCUAGGUGGUCAACACACGCAGCAGCACAUACUGGGAAGUGUCGGUUCAACUAGCAAAGCAUUUUAAAAGACCUUUUAUAAAUAAAUGGAAAUAUGGCAGAAAGAUUGAUCUUUCUAAGGCCAUGGCAUUCUGGACUCCUGUUGCUAUUGUUGUAAACCAAGGAUGGGAAAUAUCAGGCUUAAAUGCAAAAUCAGGUUCCCUUCCCAUUACGCCACCCCUCAUUUAGUCAGCCAUAUACUACUGAUGUUCUCUCUAUGCAUUCAUGUCAGUUAAGGCUGGUUAACAGGAGUCUUGGGGAGUAAAGUGAGAAUAGCAUGGCACACAUUGGUUGCAUUCACACAUUAUGCUCACUUACAGUUGAUUAAGGAACAAGCCAAGCAUCUUCUUGAGCUCAUAUGCUCCUGUGUGGCAGAAGUUUCCAUUUUGCUUCACCAGACGGAUGCCAGCAAACAGCAACAGUUUGCCAUAUCAUUCAGUUAUGGACUUGUCAUCAACGUCAACUAUGGUUAGUUUAAACAAGCCUGCUUCAGAAACUGCAGUUUGAAGUAAGUUUGUUUGUAACUAAACUUAGCCCAUGUUAACCAAAGUUGCUGGUCUGGAUGACAUGACAAACUGCAAUAAACAAAAAGCUGAGCUAAAGGUGUCCAAACUCCUCCUCCCAGCCAAGCAAGAGAAAGAAAGGGACGAGGGUUGCUCUCAAGUGUAGGCUUGUUCCCAUGUUAUUAAAUCAUAAUGUGGCAUGUCCUCCUAACUUCUAUCUUGAUAUGUAUGCUCCCUUUAAACCCAGCAAACCCUUUACCUGGUCUGAAAUAUAGAAAGUGUUCUCAAAAUUGUAUACCAGUAGUGCAAAUUUUGAACAAAAUCAUUUCCAGCACUAUUAUGUAUGAACAAAAUCAGCAGAAUAAUGAAAUGAUAUGUAAGUAAUUCUGUCUUCUGAAUUCAAAUAGAUAAUUCUUCUAACAACUCUGUAUAGGAAGUCUGGGAGCUGUCACAUUGGUUCAGCGGGCAGUGAUCAUGAUUAGACUUCAAAGAAUGUCCAUUCUCUGUUUAAAUGAAAUGAAAUAAAAUUAACAAUAAAGAUGAGAAAAUAAAUAUUUCACUGGGAAUGAAAACUGAAAUAACUUAUAAUGGGGGAAAAACCUAAUAAGCAAGCAUUCUCCUUGAUCAUUAGGAUAUUUCUUGUGCCCAUCUCAAUUUUUAAUAUAACAUUUGUGAUUCCAAGGUAAAAUUAUCUAAUGGUAAACAUUGUCAUUUAAGCUACAACAGCUGCACUAGCAGAGUCCAGUUUACCAAUAAAUGCACCAAAAUCCUAUAGAAAUGUACCCAUUCACUAUGGGAAUGCACCUGCUUUGCAUUCAGAAGGGCCUAGGUUGAAUCUUGGCAUUUCCCAGUAGGAUUUGGAAAGGUUACUGUGAAAACCCUGGAAAGCUCCUACCAGUUAGUAUAAACUAGCCUUCCCCAACCUAGUGCCCUCUAGAUGUUGUUGGACUCCUAUCAUUCCCAACCAUUGCCUAUGCUGGCUGGGGCUGAUGGGAUAUUGAGUUGAACAACAUCUGAAAGGGAACCAAGCUGGGGGAAGUUAGAUACUGAGUGAAAUGGUCUGACUCAUUCUAAGAGCUUCCUAUGCACCAACUGCAUGCAGAAUAUUCUCUUCACAUGGGCUACCUUAUUAUAUUCAAAGGAGAGAGGAGAGCCAUGCACAUAUUUCUGUGAGCAUGAGAGGUUGCUUCUUGUGAUGACGUGAAAGCCUUGAAGGAGAACAGUUUUCCAUACACUAGAGUCUCCAGUUCACAUAAAAGAUCCCUGGAUUAGGGCAUUUUUUUGUUGGAUGUGGACCUGUGGAACCCAUGUAGAACCCAAUUUCAUCAAUUUAAUAGUAGGCAUUGGCUUUCAUUUCCAGAAAGCCCCGUUCAUUCUAGUAUUUAAGUUUGCAUGAGAGUAGCAGGCACAUGAUUAAGUUUCAUUUCUUUAUUCAUGGCCAUUAUUUACAGGGUUGUUAAAAAACUUGAUGAGUAAAUAAAUUAGUUAAAAGCAAAUAAAGCUCACAAAUCACUGAAAUGUAUUUAAGUGGGAAUCCAUACCUUUUGGAAGUUAACUCCCUGUGCCCAAGAGCAAUUCUUGGGGUUUGGAACAUCAUCCCAGAAUAAUUUCUUCAUUCUGAAAUAUGCCGAUAAGAUAUUGAUUUGGCACAGUGAAGGAUAUAAUCACUUUUCACUCUGAAUACGUAUUUCACAAAUAAAGAUUUAUUCUUUUUAGAAGCCAUCUUGAAACCAAUAGCACCUACAGAUGCUUUAAAAAUGUCAACUGAAUUUAAAAAUUACCUAAUUUCAAAAAUUACCUAAUGGCAUAGCCAUUACGGCACACCUGCCAAUGUUCUUGCAAAACACAGAUGUUCCUGUUUCCUUGCUCCUUUCACUCUCCUUCCCAGUAAGCAGCAGUGGCACACUUGCGGGAGCUCAAGUAAGUGCCACUGUUGUCGUCGUCCCCCGCCCCUGCUGUCUGCUACUGGAAAUUGCCUUUCCAGGGAUUAAUCUAUAACACCUUUCAAAUUAUUCAUCUCAAUCUAAACUUGCGAACAGAUUCAAUACAGGAAAGGUUUACCUUUGGUGCAAGAUCAAAAGACCUCCAAGCAGCAAAACGGAGCAUGAAAUAACUAGGGGUAGAAUCACAUAGAAGUUCACAUCAUUCUGUUUUUCACUUCCAGCUGAAAAUAAGACCCAGCAGUUUAAAACAGCUAUCAGUACAGAGAAUAUUUACAAUGUAAUCCUACAGAAUGAACCUUACUCCCAAUUAAGUGACCAUAAGAUUGCAGACUUGGUUGUUUGCAUCAGCUCGUACAGUUGAACUUGAUUUGUUAUUCCAUAAAGUUAAAUGAGACUUGGAUAUAUAAAGUUGUAUCCAAUGUUGUGUGAGUGGCAUUCUGCUCAUGCAAUGGGACUUUCCCUUUCUCUUCUCUUGAAACCAUGCAAUUAAGUAAAAAUAAUGAAAUGCUCAUGUAUGCUUUAAGUAGAGAGAUUGGAAUUGCUUACAGAUCAUUAAGAUUAUUCAUUUAAAAAUUAUUGAAUUUUCCUGGCAUAAUCAAGACUCGAGAUGUGCCAUGCCAUUCCCAACGUAUUAUCUGAUUUUUUUUCUCAUUAAAAGUUAGAGCAAGAAAUCUUGGUCUGAAGGAAAAGUCUACUAAAAAUGCCAGUUGCUCACCUUUGGAGAAUCCAUAUGUCACUGUGGGCUUUGUUACUCCUUCAGGAAUUAUUGGGAACAAACUAAAUUUGUAUUUCUCAAUAAGAAUGAAAUUAUCUGGAACAAAGACAACAUAGCACAUUUUUAAUUUGGGCAUACUAAAACUUCUUAACAAUUCCUAAUCUAUAAAAUCCGUAAAACAGUGUGGGCCUUGCAACGCUGAAAGAUGAGCACCUCUCUUGAUUUCUAUCAUUAGGGUUAAUGUGUUCCUUCAUAUGUUCCUCCCAUCCAGCAAGUCCAUUGUUUAGGCAUAGUGGGAGCAGUUACCCAACAACAUCUGCAGGGCCAUGGGUUCUCCAUCCCUGCUUUACAGCCUUUAGAAAUUAGGAAAGAAUAAGAAGUCACUACACAUAACAAUCCUCUGUAACUGUUCAUCUCACACAGAGACCAUUCAGUUACUGUAUCAGUCUUGUCUUAAGAAGGAUAAUCCACAAUAAAUUUCAAAGAUGAGCUGGGAAACACCAUUUCUAACAGAGCAAAUUGCACUAUAAGAAACCAAGUAUACCAUUUAUCACAGGGAAAGGAAAGGAAACCUGUACGCCAAUGUUAAAUAAAAGGCUAUUGUGGAGACCUUUUGGAAUUUAUGUUAAAUGUACAAUAGUUGCUAGCCUCUACAGUUUUGCAGUAAAUCUUUAUCUAUAAUCAAGUACUGGUGGGAAGAUAUUGAAACACAAGAGAAGCUGUAAUAGAUUUUUAAGUACAAACUCACCCAAAAUGUGGUACUUCCUAACAUUUGAGGGAAUCAUAAUCCAUUUAAUCUGCUCUUCUUCGUUUAAGUUUGUCCAUUCAAUUACAAAAGAUGUAAUUAUAUAAGCCACAGGCGAGAGUGUCCAGGACACAAUGACACAACUGCUGUUCACUGGGUAGGCACUGAGAGACUUCACAAUGUUUACUGACAAAACAGGAAAACAGCAUGUUGGUCAUCAGGUACAUUGUCCCUUACAAAUUAGGAGAGAACUCAUCAGAGAAGAGUGAAGUAUAUUGCAACUGCUGCUUUUAGCCUGCAGGUUAAAAAUUUGGAAAAGCUCACAAGAAAAGAAACCGGAGCACCAUGAAGAUCCUUCUUUUUUAGGCAUGUGGAGGCACAUGAUGAAAGUUGCAUUCCCCACCCCCAACCCAAAUUCCUGCCCAGAUGGCAGGAACCAUGUGGCCUGGCUUUCCCUGCCUCCUAAUUUUCUGCUGGCAGCAGAAACUCAUAUGAUUAAAUAGGUAGAAGAGCAAUAACAUGGCCUUACCACUCAAAUAACUACUUAUCUAAACAUGAACACAUUACAAUAUGAGAAUGGUUUAUUAUAAACUAGAUUACUGAGUUAACAAUACUUGAAGCUAUCAAAAAAAUGUUUUUCUUACCUGUGCUGAUUUGUUGUGAUAGAGUUAAAAUGAAAUUGACUGAGGAAGUUCCAAUUGAGUUGACAGCUAGAACCUUAAUGGCAUGUACAUCCUCUGUCCAUGAAAAUGUGUAGGCAGUAUCAUUUUCUACAUAGUCAGACCAAGUAAUGUUUUCUGAAGUAUUAUGCUCAACCACAUAGUCUAGCACACUGCAUAAGGAAAGAUUCUUCAUCAGUGGCUGUAAGAAAAAUUCAGAUACAUUAGGCAGUUCAAUUGUGGAUUGAGGCUGGUUUGGGCAGAGGUGUAUGUUUUUUUAAGGAGCAAUUGAGGGUUGGUAUCUCAUUUUUAUGUUAGCAAGACUAAAAGCUACAGUUUAUAAUAAUUACCAUGCAUCUGUCCAUAACUGCCUAUAACAGUCCACCUUCGAUUACUUCUAUAUACCAAUAAAUAUAAAUUAAAAUAUUUAACACAGUUUGCCGGGCAAGCAAUGUUGGGUUUAAAAUAAUCAAACUUAGGUUUUAUAGUAUGAAGUGUAGUGUAGCACAAAGAGAAAUAUUUGGGUUUUUAAUUGGUGAAAUAAAUUUUACAUAAGAAACCUGAUUUUAAACAGCCUUUUCCUUUGUGAAUUAAUGCUUGUCAUUCAGAAUCAGACACCUACCAAAUCAUCCUCCUUUCUUCCUAUUUGAUAAGUGAUGUUAACAAAUAUGAGUGACCUGUGAAUUGUUAAGGGAAUGUCUGACAUCCUGGCAGGCUGCGCAGUAAGGGUGCUUGAAAUGCUAUUAACUUAAUUCAAUUUCCCCUUUUGAAUAAUAAUCUAUGAAUAGUUCUUACUUGCCAGGCCCCUGCUAGCUUUGGCCAACAGGGAUUGGACCAUGUCCAAAAACAGAUUCUCUCAUUCUUCAUGAGAAAAUGUUUCUGUUUAUUAAAAAGGUGGCACUUGGAGAUUCAAGAGGCUCUUUUCUUUGUUAGAGAUCUUUUUCCUGUGCCUAAUGGGAAACUUUCUGUCAGCCUAGAGUGGCGGGUCAUCAUCAUGGGAUGAUCUUCAUGGUAAGCUCUGACGUACAAGCCUAAUUAGACAGGCAACAAUCCUAAUUUGGCUUGCAAGGCCAUUUUCUCCAAGCCAUUACCACCUGCCCCACACCAAACAUCAUAUUCUGAUCUGUCACAGAGCUCUAUUGUAAACCUAUGUUUCACUGGUUUUGCUAACAGAAAUUACCAGUGUCUUAGGUCUGGUAUCUUUCAAAGCCAGCCAACACCCACAAUAUAUAUCAUGAACAUCGCACAAAAAAACAAACCUGAAAUAGAUUUCAAAUAUCUCAUUUACCCUCCUCCAUUGAUUUACCUUCCAAAAAAGAGUAACAUUUUUCUGGUUCCUUAUUGAAUCUUCAUUAAUGGUUCUCCAGAAUUCAGGUCCUCUCAAGGGAGCUGAGGGGGGGGAAAUACAGUAAGAAGCAAACAACAGCCUAUCUGGUUAUAAAUCUAGUAAAAAACAAAAAAUACCAACCCCAACAAACUGAAAGCAUACAGGUAAGACGCUGACUGACCUUUGAUAUCCUUAACAACUGUAUAGGCGGGUCUGCUCCAAUUACUCCAGUAGCCCACUCCAUCAAUCACACUGCAGCGCACCUGAACAACGUAUACUGCGCAGGGAUCCUGCACCUUUGUGCUGGCAGAGCUAACUAAUGGAUCAGAAACCUCAUGCACCUGCAACAAAAAAGGAUGCUUAAACUAGUAACAAACAAAAUCAUUUCUGAGUGACAGGCCGAGAUCUUCAUCCAAUUUGUAGGGGCCAAAGCACUCCCCAGUGCAUUUUUCAUUGUGCAAGUCACACAUAAGCUGACCUGAAGAACAGUUCUCCCUGGACACUGUCACAAAUUGUCACCUGUAAAAUGUGCCCAAAUUUCAGCCAGUUACCACUUUCCAUUUUCCUUCUGCAAAAAAUAAAAUAAAACCAACCCUGCACCAGAAAUGCAAUGAAUUUUGUCUUUUGUGUGUGUUUACUAAGCCAGCCAAUGUUAACAGAUUGGUGUAGUAAAACAUCCCAUCAUUUUUUCAUAGACAAAUAGGCAGAAGAAGGUCAAGAAAGGUCAUGAAGUUUAUGGGGUGUCAACAGAUUGGCACAAACCAUAUUUGUCUAACCAAGGGCAAAUUUCUAGCAGGAGUUAGAAAAACACCCCACAAAACUAUUAGCACUGGUUCUCAGUUGUAAUAAAGUUGUGGGUUUUUUUAAAGAAAGAUUACAAUAUUUUCAUUACAUUUUACUUUAAAAUAUAGUUUUAUGUUUGUAAUUGUUCAUAAUUGAAAAUAACCCAUCAUAUAGUGGAAAUCUCAUUGGCGUGAAAAAUACACCCCAAUUUCCCCCUCCCUCACACACAAUGGAUGAAAGUUAAUCUACUGAAGAUAGGCAUGUCACAAAUGUUUAUUUUGCUAGACAAACCAAAUGCUGGAAUCCACACAUUUUUACAAACUAGCAGCAAAACGCCAUUGCACCCUUGCAUCUCAUGAUGCACAGGCUAAUUUAGAUUAAGUCUGGCCAGUAGGAAGUAAUAUAAAUAGAAUAGAAUGUAAACUGUUUUUAUAUGCAACGACGGCAGCAAGAAUAUUAUUGGCACAAAAAUGGAAGCAAGAAGAAUUACCGACGAAAGAAGAAUGGAGGAUGAAAUUAAUGGACUAUGCAGAAUUAGACAAACUAACAGGAAGGAUUCGAAAUCUGUGGGACCAGAAAUUCACAGAAUACUGGUGUAAAUUUACAGACUAUUUGAAAAGUAAUAGUGAUGAUCAAACUACGUUUGUAGGUUUGCAAGAAGUUUUUUGAGGUGAAUUAUUGGAAUUAUUGCAAAAAUGGAUAAAGGGGAGGAUGAUUAGUUAAGAUAAUUGAAGGCAAUAAUGAAUUUAAGAGAUGCAUAAGAAGUGGUCAAAACGGGGAAUCAUCAGAGGUGCUGAUGGGAGUCCAUAAAAAGACUGUACAAGUGGUGAAGUUUUAUGGUAUGUAUUAUAAUUCAUAUGUUAAAAUUAAUAAAAAAUAUUAUAUAUAUAUAAAAAGAUUAAGUGUGGCCAUACCUCCCAGUCAAUUUCUGUUCCGUUGACAGCAUACCGAAUCUGAAAUUGGAGAUCAUUCUUUGGAAGUUCUGGGUUUUUCCAGCUCACAUUCAGCAGUCCUGCUUCCCCUGUAAUUUCUGCUUUGACACUGGAGGGAGAAAACGGCUUCACUAGAAAGUUAAACAAAAUAAAUUUGACUGGUUUAUGAGGUCUCUAAUAGAAUCCUAUAAAGCUGUGUGUCAGUUCUUCCUUACCAUACUGGCAUUAGAGCAAUGUAUUUUUUUUUAAUAUUCAUUAUAGCUGUAUCCUGUCUUCUUAACAAUUCAUUUAUUACAUUUUGUUAAAAAUAUUUAUAGCUUGACCAUCAUCUAUACACUGGGUACCCAAAAUGGUGCCCUACAAGUGUUGUUGGACUCCAGCUCUCAUCAUCCUUAGGCGGCAAGGCCUGUGAUCAGGGAUGGUGUCAGUGUGGUCCAUAAACAUCUGAAGGACACCAUGUUGGCUCAUUCUGAUGCCAGCUUGCUAUACAGGGACAUGGAACAAAGUGGGACAGGCCAAAAUUAUGCAGCAAAGCAAAUAACAUAGAAAGAAACAGGGACAGCCAAAUCAGCAGAGUACUUCAACAAUCACAAGUAUAAGACAUUAAGAUGCCUGGGUAGAUAGAUAACUAGGAGCCAGAAUUAGUGCAACACUGGCACCAGUUAUGCUUCUAUGAGGAGAACAUUCCGCAGCUGUGGUGCCAUCACAAAAGAGAGGCUGUCUUCCUCACCACAACAUUAAUAACUUGCACCGGCAAUGGAACAUAGAAAAGAGCCUCCUCUGAAGAUCUUAAGAGAGCCUGAUGUAGCGAUGGCUGAUGUAUGAGGAGAGGCACUCCUUCAUGCAAGAACUGUUUUGUAUGUACUUCAGUAAUUUUGAUAUGUUCUUCAAUACCAGUUUUAAAAAAGCAAGCACAAGGAUGGCCGCGGUGUGUGUGUGUGUGUGUGUGUGUGUGUGUGAGAGAGAGAGAGAGAGAGAGAGAGAGAAAUACAACGGGACUAAACUAUGGUUUCAAGGGCUAAAAUAUACUGUGUGGCAUUCAACUAAGUUUUACACAGAACAGAUCCAUUGAAACUAAUGGACAUAACUAAGUUAGGCCCAUUAAUUUCAGUGGGUCUCCUCUCAAUAAAACAAUCUCAAUAAAACAAUCUCAAUCUCAAUAAAACAAUCCACUGAAGCAGAACUCUAAAAUGUAAAAACACAGGGAGAAUAAAAAGGUCUUCAUUUGGUAUCAAAAAUAUCUUAAUAUAGGUAGCAAGUGAGCCUCACUGUGGAGGGCAUAUUCCAUAACUAGGGUGGUACCACCCCAGUUUAAAGCCAUGAACACUUCAUAGUUACUAACAGCUUUUCUUUUCAAAAUGUUCAUAAUUCUUUAUAUUCUAUUCCACAUGCCAUCUGAAAUGUUGGGUAUGAUACUAAGCAUAUCAUCACCAAGGAGCUGAGAAUACAUAUGAACUGGGUGUAGUUUGGGGAUAUAUGGUACUCCCUAUGAAUGUAUAUAUUCAGUUGGAGACAAGUUAUAACAGGGGAAAAGUAACAAGGAAGCGAUGGAAAAUGGAAAAGGAGAUGAGGAAUAUUGAAAAUUAAAGCCAUUGUUGGAAAUAGCUUGUUAUUGCAUGCCGUGGUAGUUCAUACACUUAAUUUUCUUUCAGUUUUAAUAAAACCAGCUGUCACUGGCUACCACACAAGCUCACCAUCAUUGACUUGAUAAUUUAAAUACCAUAAGAAAAACAAAUGCUUAGAGAAGAGACCAUAGUGUGUAUGUAUGGGGUGGGGGAGAUAAGGAACUGGAGGGGGAGGCACAAAGGCACUUAUGCGAGAAGGAAGCAUAUUAUAGCUCUGUAAUUUACAGUUUUCAAAUGAAAGUCUGAAUUACUGUGGGGUAGCUGGGAUUUUCCGUAUUAUAUGCAUCUUGAAAGUGUGGCUAGGGCCCAAAAUCCCCCCUUCUCUUAAAAGCUAUUGGUAUACUACAAAAGUGAAAAGCUACUUUACAAACUACUUUUCCUUGACAACAUCGUUUGAAAGAAACCCCUAAUGAAUUGGAUAGCAUGCCCAAGUCCCUUGAGAAAGGCAAUAUACUGCAACCUGUGGGUACAAAAGCACCAGGGGGAAUGGCCAUAGCUCAGUGGUAGGUAGAGUCAUCUACCCCUCAUGCAGAAGAUCCUAGGCAGGCCCAGAUUUAAGCAACUGGAGGCCCUGGGCUAGGAGACCUUGGGAGGCCCAAACUUAUCAAUGAUCCAUUCUCAGAAAUUUUUUUCACUUACCUACUUCUUUUGGAAGGAUACACACUGGUGGUGAUGUCACUGUCCCCAGUGAGUGCUUAAUCUCUAUCCACAUUGUGUAUCCAGACAGAAGAUAAAAAGGCUGAAAGAUGCACUCGUAAGAAUUAUCCCUCUGUGAAGAGCAUUCUUUUACCUCCGAAUCAGAAGGCAUACUUGGAGACUCUGUACAAUACACAUCACUCCUUAAAAAGACAUGAAAACAUUGUUUUCAGUUUAGCUAUGAGAUUAUAUGCAUCUGGGGAUUAACAAUGCAAAACUGUCAUUCGUAUAUGCUGUAAAAAAAACCUAAUACAGAUGAGAAAGCCCUCAAACACCAUGUUUUUUACCCAUCAAUUUAACAAUAAUUGUUUUUCAGAAUUUCUCUCUGCCUACUCAGCUGAAAUGGACUAAAUAUCUCUUUCAGAAUCAGUCAUUUAAAAAUGGUUCCCAAAACCAAAACAAUCCCUGUGAACACUGAAAAGGGAAUAACAACUCAUACAUAUAAUUAUUCUUUGCUGUUAUAUUACCUUUUUCACCAACAUAUUUUUGUUUAUGAAAGGUAUCAUGGUGCUAGAUUUGCAAAACAGAAGUCGGGCUUAUCCAAGGGAAAUUCUUGUGAUAUUUUGAAUGCAAAAUAGAUGAAGCAAGUGAAGGUUUAUAUCUCCCCACUGGCUACCUAUAACCACUUUCCAUGGCGGGGGGCGGGGGGAUGUUACAGCCUUCCAGGUCAGUGAAUGGAACCUCAAAAAGGUAAUGAGCUUAUACUGACAUUGCUGUGGGUUAUUCUUUGCAUUGAAAUGGCACCCUCAUAUUAACUUGCUUCAAGGCUUGGGCCUAGACUGAAGCCAUUGCUAUCCCCACCAUGUUCUUUUACCUGUUCUCUGCAUCACUGCCUUGUCCCACACUGCCUGAAGCCAGUGGUGCAUUUAGGUAAUUUUAAUCUCCAGGUUUAAUACUCUUACAGGGAUCCCCUCUUCCGAUGGUAAUGUGUAUUAAUUCACUUUGAACUGCCUCAUAGGGAUUAUGGGAACUGUAGUCCAACAACAUCUGGUGGGUACCACAUUGACUAUCCCUUUGGUAAGUCUAUUUGGAUCUCAGUACCUCUCAUUUUAGAAAUUAAGCACUAUUGAGCUGUAGUCUAAGGAACUAACAAACAAAACAUUCAACCUGAGCAGGGCAAAUUUUGCAGGAACACAUCAGUUUGCAACCUUGGUCAUUGUACUUUAGGCUAAGCAAGGCUGCUCUCCAUUUCCAUUUUAGGUCAUGGCUACUCAAACAAUCAUUAAAAAAGGUUCUUAAUGUACCUAUUACAAGAUAGAUGUAAAUGCACAGACCUUGUGACAGAUCCAUAUCCGUCUCGCAAGCAGACACCUGUACAAACGUUCCCUACAUUAAUGUUUUACAUCACAGAUGUGAUUUGCCCCACUUGACCAAGCCAAGAGUUUGACGUCUUUCUGAAAUUAAGAUGUGCCCAGCUCCUAUUCAGUUUCACAUUAGUCAUUCAACAAUGGGCAAUGUAUUGGCAAUUUCACUAGAAAAAGAGCAUGCCUUGCAGCUUGUUUAAGUCACUGGGAACCCUGCCACACAAAAAAUAAUAAUAAUAACUGGCUCUAAUGUACAUCUUGUUGGGAAUAUGAAUGAAUUAUUCUAAUACUGGCCUAAGAGCGUGUUGGAAAGCAGGGGUGGGUAAUCUGGGGCCUUCCAGAUGUUGUUGGACUUCAGUUCCCAUCAGCUGAGCCAGCAUGGUCAAUGGUCAGAAAUGAUGGGAGCUGUAACCCAUGAAUACUUGGGGGAUCCCAGGUUCCCCAUUCCUGCUAUAAAGAAUCAAAACUACCAAUUCUAUCUGGAAUCUCUCAAGGUAGAUGGAUAGCUCAAAAUACAGAUUCUUGAGUAAUUUUUAUAAAACAUGAAUCAGCUAUACUAUUCUCUUUGUACACUUUUUUGCAGGCUGUGGAAACUGGGGAAGAGACAAGUUUCUUAAUUUCCUUCUCGCUCAUUAGUAGCAUAUUUUCAUUUGUGUGUGCACUCAUGAACAAAAAUUAUUCAGGGCUAUAUGUUACCCUCAAUUUUUAAAUAAAACUUGUAUUUAUUUUUAUAAAGCAUUUCUCGCACACAGAAUACUUCACAAUCCUUUGUCUUAUUCUUCUUCACAAUUACUGUGAAGUAGGUAAAUAAUAAUUUCAUUUUGAAGGUGGGGAACUAAGGUUCUGAGAGAGCCUACCCAGAGAUCCCACAGCCAAGCAGCUUUGAGCCAAAUCUAAUACUCCUUUCCCUGGCAGGAAACCUCAGAAUUGACAUGUUACUACUGCUGCUGCUGCUGCUACUAAUUUGUACUCUGCCCAUCUGGCUGGGUUGCCCCAACCACUCUGGCUGGCUUCUAGCAUAUAUAAAACACAGUAAAACAUUAAACCUUAAAAAGCUUCCCUAUACAGGGCUGCCUUCAGAUGUUUCCUAAAUGUUAUAUAAUUACUCAUUUACUUAACAUCUGAGGGCAUUCCACGAGGUGGGUGCCACCACCGAGAAGGCCCCCUGCCUGGCUCCCUGUAGCUUCACUUCUUGCAGUGUGGGAACCGCCAGAAGGCUGUCAGUGCCAGAUAUCUGUGUCUGGGCUGAAUGACAUAUGUAUCCCUUCAAUUCUAGGAAAUGCUCAGAUCUGGGUCUGCAACUGCAGAAUAAACUUGAGAGUGAGUUAGGCUGAGAGGCUUUACCAGAUUUCCCAUAAGAAGGGAUUUGAACGGGUUUUCUCACAUAUGAGCCCAAUACUCUAAGUACUGCACCACACUGGUUCAUUUGACAAAUUCUCAGCUCAUAACAAAUGGUAACAGUAUGCUAAUUGCAGUGGAUCUUUGUGAAAUGUUAGCAACCUGGUGUUAUAGCUUCAUUAAAUCAAGUCCAACAGUGUUGCCUCUCACAUGCUUCCCAAGCACAGUAUGUGUUUUUGGGGUGGAACACCACUGUAAUUUGAGAAAUGCCCGGUGAAUGAAUGACUAGGAUAUACAGUGGAACCUCUACUUAUGGACGUAAUCAGUUCCAGAAGUCCAUCCGUAAGUCAAUCCGGUUGGUGGUAGAAGUACCAUUGUGCACAGGCGCAUUUGGCGGCAGCACACUUCUGCGCAUGGGCAAAUUGCGGCAAACCAAGUAUUUCCGAGUUUGCCACAGUCGCAACUUGGAUCAGGCCCAAGUAGAGGCGGUCAUAAGUAGAGGUUCUACUAUAAAGACACAUUUGGCCUGCAUUUUGACAGUACACUUAGAAGUAGGAAUGUAAGCACUGCCAUGUUUGUAUUUUGAUAGGCAAGUUUACCUGGCAGCUUCCCAGCUCACUAUGCCAUAGAUUGUCACUGCUAAACGCCAUGCUUUGUCUCCAAAUGUACCACCGUUAAAAACAUAUUGACUCAUAAGCAGGCAUCCAAAGCACUGCAAAUGGUUUUCUGCGUCUUCUAGUGGCAUUACUUUGCUGUUUUCAAAAGGUCAGAGGCUAUUCCAGAGCAGCACACCAAGAGACAUGAGAGAAUGGAGUUGUGGGGUGGGGUGAGGAAUCUUCCCCACCACCCCCAGUGCAAGGUGAAGUGCUUUGCACAUGCACAUAGACAUCUCUGGAUAUGAUUGUCCCCCAACAAGCUCCAUAUUGGUCUUUGAUAUUAUAAAAGCACAGUUCCUUAGCAUACACCCAGUGAAGCUGAGUAGCUGUCUAGACCUUGCACUUCGUCUUACACUCACAUGGCUCUGUUUUGCCUCUCAGUAUAGUCAUAGCUUAUUCAAAAACAAAACAAAACACUUGUGAGCUCCUGUUUACUCACUCCACUUUGGCAGCAAGUAUAUGUGCUCCCUUAGAAUGACCCAGCUCAUGCUUUGAUAAACAUUAGUCUAUUUCAUACUGCUUGCCUCUGGUUAGAAAUAUGUCCAUUGUGCCCUGCAAGUGUUUUCAACCCACCUAGCAGGUUCACCCACUUCUGAUCAAAUAUGAAUUAGCAAUCCAAAUGACUGUGGCCACAAUUCCAACUAAGACUUCAUAGCAAACCUAUGUUCAGUGGCACACAGCAGACAUAACCAAGUACUGAGCUAGUGUAAAAGGGGAGUUGGCACUCAGUGAUAUAAAAUGUCCAACUGGGAACAUAAUAGGUAAGUUCAUAUGGGUCUCUGGAAUCCUUCUGCAAACAUCUGCUUUGAAUGUUACAUUUAAAAAAUAGAUAAAAAGAAACUAUGGUUUAAUGUGCAUAUUACUGAAAAGUUAUCUGGCCCUGUUGCUGACAUGAAACAAUGCAAGCUUUGGCUUGCUGGGACAUUUGAACCUGAACUUGUGGUUGGUUGGUUUGUCAUAACAUAGCAAGGUGAAGGUCUACCAGGCUUGCGUUUUGAGCGUACUGCUUUAUGGAAAUGGGUCGUGGGCAACUUACACCCACCAGGAGCAAUGCCACAAUGCCUUCCAUAUCUUUGUGUCAGGAAGAUUUUGGGCAUCACAUGGCAGAAUAGAGUCUUAAACAAAUGUGUGCUCUCCUAAGACCUCCUUUCCAGCAUGUUCUAAGUGACAUCUACUGUGGCUUGGUCAUGUCCACAGAAUGGAAGAUGGCAGGAUCCCCAAGGGAGAGCAGCUAACUUCCACAUUAGGGCUGUUAGCAGACCAACUCUGCAUUACAAAGAUGCCUGCAAACAUGACAUGAAGGCUGGCAACAUUAACCUCGCCAUACGGGAAUCCCUUGCAGACUAUUGCAGUCUGGAGACAGACAGGUUGUAUAUUCACAACAGUGACCAGAGGAGGAAUGACUUUUGGAAGAAACACAGAGAGAAGAAAUGCCAUGUUGAACCUGUAGCAGCAAAACUAGAUAUCUUCAUCUACACACCUACAAUACAACAUGUCUCUUCUGUAUUGAUCUUCACAGCCACAAACGCUGAAACUCUCCAACAAUUCUACUUUACCCCUGAAGGUGUACUUUUCCAUUAUCUUCCAAGACAGAUGAACGUCAACAACUACAUAAACAAAAUUUGUUCUUGGGUGAAACAAACCAUGAGCCCAGGUUCAGUUCUCAUUAUAAGCUACACUCUGGCUUGUUUCCUGGAGCAGCAGGAGGGAGGAGUGCAGUGAGACCGUCUGACCAAGUGUACUAUCCUGGUGCUCAUUCACAUUAAACCAUAGUUAAAAACAAACUAUGGUUUAAUGUGAUGGGUGAGCUGGGCCACCGGUUCUUAACCUUUAACCCACUACCAACCAAGUAUGCACAGGCAUAAGUAGCACUGUGGUUAGUAAAAGGAGAAAUAUGCAUGGUGGUUAUUGUAUUCAACCCGGAGGAAUGGAACUAGGGAGUUGCUUUGACAGAAGCACUAUGGGUGAGUCUUAAAUUGGCUGAUUGGUUGUUGUUUUUUUAAAGUACUGAAAGUAUAUUCUAUAUUAUUAGAAUGACCAGACAUACCUGUGGCACAUAAACCUUUCAAGCAGGCAGCCAGAAAGGAAAUUGCUUAUUUAAUUGGCCCCUCAGUGGCAUAUUUAGCUGUAUUUUCCCUCUUAAUGUCAGACAAACAAAUGCAGAUUAAAUCAGUACAAUUCUCUCUGAAGAUUUAGCACAGGAUUUUUUUUAUUUUUUUUAUGAAAAGUAUAUUUCAACUACCAGCAUCAAGGGAAGAAUAAACAUCAACUCAUGACUGACCUCCGGUUGGAAAAGCAUUGCAGAAUUUCACCUGCAAAAUUUCAAUCAGUGUAAAGAUCAAGGGAUUUGCUUUGUUUGCUACACAUUGUCUCUAUCUGAACUAUGUGCAGUGUUGCAGUGAUACAAGAUUAUGGUGAUUUAGAAACUAUGGGCCAGUUCAGACAUAAUUCUGGCAUGGCUUCACAUUACCUAAGCAUGCAUGGAUUAAUCUUAGGCACAUAGGAACAUAUGAAGCUGCUUUAUACUAAAUUGUACCAUUGGUGCAACUAGUUCAGUAUUGUCUACACCAGCCUAAGUGCUACCAGAGAGAUAUGCUCUACUCCCCUUCUAUCCUGCCAUGGCUGUGAGAUCAGUCUUAAACUAACCACAGCUCCAUGUUAUGUCUGGACUUGGAUGACUGUUGUUAGUUGAUACAAUGGUUAGUGAAGAAGCCAGAAUGAUACACCAUGGCUUGAUUCUAGCUUGUUUGAACUAAGCAUCGUUUAAAGUUGUUCUCAUUGGUGAAAUUGAUGCAUGAGAUAAAAACAGUGGCCCAGAUUUGACAGAACACUAGAACUAUGACUUAGAGACAACUACUUACACAUCUCCUGUAGAGAAUUCCAGAGGUGACAUGCUACUUAGAGAAGGCCCAACAACUUGUUACUUAUAACUGUGCUUCCUGAAAAAAGGAGAUAAUAAACCAGGCCCCCUCAAGGCACAAUAGGGAGUAUAUGUGUGGAAGUGUUCCUUCAACACUGGUCAUUUUGGAUUUUUAAACUGGACACCAUCUGUUUUGAACUGAUCCCCAAAACAAUAUCAGUAACCACUUUAGCUUCUAAAGAAUAGAUGUUAUUCAAGACCUUCUGUCAGACAUUUUCAGGAGUCUAGCUGAUGCAAUCUUGACAAUGAAAAUUGUCAGUUACUCACUCUUCAGAAAACAAUGGCUUAAGUCCUACUAUAAGCAAUGGAAGGAGUGAGUAGCAACUACCGGUAAUUUAUGUCUCAUUUUAAUAGGACUUAGCAAUAAUUUUAGCUGGAUUAAAUCCUUUUACUGACCCCUGAACACAGAGUCAGUAAUGUCCUAUCAGGGAGCUGAUCACUUGAUGCAAGUGAUAAUGGAGCAUGGGAAUGCCUGGAUUUAGUCCCCUCCUCCAAGCAAAGUCUGAUGUGAUAGAGCCAAAGAGCCAAUAAUAUCUUCACAAUGAGUAAGCGUGCUCAGCAGUAUCAGGAAUGAAGUCUCUAGUGAACAGGGCUGCCAUACGUCCAGAUUUUCUAUGAUAUUAGCGGUCAAUUCCUUAAAAAAGCUCAACAACUUUUGGGGUGUCCUGGUUUUUACUUUUUGAAAUAUGGCAACCCUACUAGUGAAUCUCAAACCUGGGACCUCAGUAUAUGAGAUAAACAUUUAGCCUAAACAUUGCCAUUAAGAUCACACCAGACUGGAAACAGGGGAAAGACUUAUAAAAAAAUAAUUCCCAAACUAAGCUUCCUGAUUAUAAGACUUUCCACCUCGGGCUUUCCUCUUUGGUCUAGCAAAAGUCCUAGGCUCAACUGCAUUUAUUUGCUUCAUGCUUUGAUCCACCACCAUUUCCAAUGUGGCACCUUUUCACAAAACAUCAGAUUAAAAUGAACAUGUACCUGUAGUAUCUCAACAGCAAAGUGCUCUCCAAAAGCAGUGGGUAUGCGUUGGUGGACCAUCUGCAAGUCAUUUUUUGCAAGUUGCCAUAUGUUUCACAUGUGAUGCUGAUAUUAACAUCUAUUUGAAAGACAGACUUAAUCAACAGAAAAUCUAAGAAAAAAUGGAUUUACCAACAUUAAUUUAAAAAUAAGCAGGAAUCUUACCUAUUAUAUAUAAUUCAGCAUAACGGUGAUUACAUUCCUUGUUUUCAUUACAACAGUAUAAGGCAUUAAAGAGGAAAUUCCCUCCAGGCUUCAUAGCAUUUAAGUUGACAAGCGUUACUUUGCCAAUGUAGUCAUUCACAAGUGUGUACUGAUGCCUAGGGAUUUCUUUUGCUAAAUUUAACCACCAGGCUAUCUUCUCCGAUGAGAUUACUUUAUCUUUGGUUUUGUAAAUACAAUAAAAGGAAACAUUUGUUCCAACACUUGCCAGCAUUUUUGAAGGGAAAUACAUGACUUCUGUUACAAGAAACAAAGUGGAAAAAAGACAAUAGAGACAAACAUUAUAAAUUGGAAGAAAACAAUCACAUACCAAAAUGUAUGCAGUGCAGUAAACUUUCAAAAUAUAUAUAAUGAGUGCUAAUGAUAAUUUACAAUAGAAAACAAUGAAUAUCCCUUUUCUUCUUAAUUGUAGUGUUUAAGAUUACUUACCCAACCUGACACAUGUGUUUUAGUCUGUUUUUAGCUUAUUGUUGAUUUUCAUUUGUUUUUGAAAUGAAAUUUGUUGUUGUCAAAUCAUCUUUCUUUAACUGUCUUUUAUUGAUAAUUUCAGUGUUUUAUUUUGUAGACCACUUCAAGGUUUUAUUACAAUCAAGUUGUAUAUAAAUUUUGUUAAAGAAAUGAAUAUAUAUAUAUAUAUAGUGAUUUUUUUCUGGGAGGAUGCAGGGGGAUGCAUACCCUAAACAUUUUGUGACUCUUUGUACUUUUGUCCAUUUACUGUAUUUACUUUUCCCGAUUUGAACUAUAAAAUAGUGAUUUUCUUGAGUCAAAAUGAGAGUACUUCCUCAACAUUUUUUAUAGAAAAGAACACUGUAUGUGUGUGUAAAAUUUUUAGCUACAGGUGGAAGGUUCAGUCAAUUUAAGUAUUCAGUGAAAGCAUACAUAAGAUACAGAGAACAGCAAACAAGAAAUGGCAUGCACAUGUACUGGAAAAGGAGUCAUACAUUGAAAAAAGGGCUCAGAGUUUUUCUGUAUUGUAUACCACUCUAUGAAGGAGAAACCAUUUUGUCAGUUUAAGAGGACCGGUGUGGUGUAGCGGCGAGGGUGUCAGACUAGGACCUAGGAAACCUGGGUUUAAAUUCCCACUCUGCCAUGAAGCUCACUCGGUGACCAUAGGCUAUUCACUCACUCUCAACCUAAUGUACCUCACAGGGUUGUUAUAAAAUGGGAAGGCAGGGAACUAUGUACACCACUUUGAGAUCCUUGGGGGAAAGUUGGGGUGUACAUGAAAUAGAUAAAUAGAUAGAUAGAUAGAUAGAUAGAUAGAUAGAUAGAUGAUAGAUAGAUGAUAGAUAGAUAGAUAGAUAGAUAGAUAGAUAGAUAGAUAGAUAGAUAAGGUUUUAGCAACUCAGUGCCGCUUUGGUGCCCACAGCUAUGCACAUACUAUUCUUCAAGAGGACUCCAAAACAAACACACAAACACAGUGCAGAUACAGAACAUCAUAAUACAAGCGAUCACUAUAAGUGAUCAUAGUAUGGAAACAUUUAUGUCAAAUGUCCAUAUGCUCCAAGCUCAGAUUCUAGUACUCCCAGGUUAGGGUGCAUGUCACACCAAAAAACAGUUAAAUAAUUGUAUUGAGGCACAGUUGUCCCUAGUGUCCUAAUCAGGGUUUAUUUUUUGGAACUUAGUCCUGGCACUUCCCAGGUGGGUGCCAUUGCCAUUCUAAGCGAAUGAUGGAGGUUUCAUGGUGAGUUCUGGCACCUCUUCUUGUGGAAAAAUAGCACUGGUCUUAAUCCUUUGGUGGGUGACAAAACACAGCCAGAGUAACCCAAUUUGAUCACUAAUUGGCAAAAUACUACAAUGAAGUGUUUCACUAUAAAGGGUUGGCUUGCUGACUCCUGCAUAGUAACUCUUUAAUGAAAGAAUAAAUUUCCAGUGCAGUUCAGUUCAGAGGGAGUUCCCACAAACCAGGCACUGCAAUAUACAGCAUUACCAAUUUACACUAAGUACAGCCUUCAGUGUUAAAUAUAAGUCUGAACAUAAUUCUAAUUAAAUACAUAAAUAUAUAAUUGUUUAGUUCCAGCAUUUUGUACUUCUGGUGUUAAUGCACUGAGGUGAAUACAAAACAGCUUCUUUGUUGCCACAACUUCAUUAAUGGGUUAAUUCUUUUUCUAUUGGUUUAACACUAGAAUUAGCCAUUGAGAGAAUAGCCCUAUCUGAGUUCCCUGCAGGGAAGAUAUUACCCUUCCUAAGGUUCUCGUCAUGCUCAUCACAACAUGGUAUGUGACCAGUAAAGCACAUGUUUGCUGAAUAUUAAUAUUUCAUCUUAUGCAUUAGAGACUUAUAAUCCUUUACUACAUUGUUUCCCAUGCAUUCUGUGUGCAUUGCCAGAAACUGAGUCUUACAAUAUACUGGCAAAUGGGAUGGAGUCCGGAAAGCCAAUUGCGAGAGGCAGACAAAGGAGUGGGUCCAGGACUAUUUUUCCUUGACUGCACAUCCAAACUGAACAUACCCUUGAGACCUUGUAAAGAAACUGAAAAAUGCUUUCCUAUACACAAGCACAGGAAUUGUGUUUUCUCCUUCCUCACACCUGAACCUGAUGCCAGAACUAAAGCAUGAAAAAAUUACAGCCCAUCCUUCCAUCACCCUAAAAGUUUUUCUUUCCUUAGAAAAUGGGAAGGAGACACGUCUUUCAGACACACCAUGCACACUGAUGCCUGUCAGUGGGGUUGGCCCACUCACCGGUGGAGAAGUUAAGCACUUUCUGUUUCCAUAAAAAAGGUGUUCUCCAAGUGCUUUCCCCCCACCAUAAUAAUGGAUGGCUAUUUGCUCAUAGAGGGAAAAGUAAAAUUGGCCUCCUUCUUUCCUAUGCCCUUUUAAAAUGGGGGGGUCUUUUGGGGGGUUAUUGGGUUGUUAUUGUUUUUAUUUUAAUUAUGGAUUUUGUGGUUUUGUAUUUUUAUUUUAUUCUGUAGACUGCUCUGAGACCAGUGGAUAUAGGGGAGUAUAUAAAUUCAAUAAAUAAUAAUAAUAAUAGGGCAGUAUAUGACUCGAGUUCCACCUGACAUGGCAGCUUCCUCAUAGCAUGGAUGCGAUUAGUGGCUUCACUGAUCUAAGGUAUCUCUUGCAUUAACCUCAUCGCUCCUUUCCUGGCAAGAGGACGUGUUAGGAGCUAGCAUUCCCUGAGGAUCCAUCUGCUUCACAAUUCUGGAAAGCGGGGCUUUUACGCCGUCUCCUGUUCAGCAUCUGUCGGGUGUUAUUCCAAGUUCCCCGCAAACAGACAUGCUGUAAGCCUGGAGACUGGAAAUGUGCCUCGUCCCAACUGACAGAUAUCCGGUUACCCGUGAAUAGUUCCAUCUCCAUCAGCCUUGAUAGUGUCCCUUUGCAAUUCUGUUGUUGGAUACUCACUUCUGCUUAGUGUGAUGAAGAGAAGCCUACUCCUUACCCACAGAUGCGUGCACAACCGACGAAGUUAGUCUUGUAGGAAUGAGGCUAAUGAGAGCGAAGGACCUUUAUCGGUCCUCCUCCAGCGUCAGCAGCUUUUUUUUUUUUUUUUUUUUUUUCACUUUCUUUAAGUAUUCGCCCAGGACGAUGUCUACCUCUACCUCCCCACCCCCAUUUUAUGUUGUUAUUUCAAUGUAUAUCAUGCUAUGGCCACUCGGCUAAUGCAAUAAAAGAUAUUAAUUAAAUAAUAAUAAUAAUAAUAAUAAUAAUAAUACUGUAGAUCCCCUGGAAGCAUCCAGACUUGUGGGAGAGUUUCCCAUCUUCUCAGUGGGAUAAGGAACUCAUGGGGGAAUAUCCCAUUAAAAAAAGGAUCCCUUGUAUCAUUCUCCCACUCAGUGGUCACAGUGCCUCUAACUGGGCUCUGCCCUCAGAGAACUAGAAUCUGAGCUUGGAGGUGGGGGGAAUCUAUGUGCAUAAAGCAGUUUUGCAUAGUGACUGGAUAAGUAAGAAAUGUCCAGGAACUCUUUGGCCAUUUUGCUCUUUGAAAGUAUGAUUUGUUCUGUGGUUUCCAGAUGCAGAACCGUGCCACCCAGCCUGGCCUGGUGAAGAAAGUCCACACACAUAUAUUAUUCCUAUAACAUGUAUUCAUACAUCAUGCCUUAUAAAUAGGGAUAUGUUUUUCAAAACAGAUAAUGAUCAUAUGUUGAGAUUCAUAGGAUUGUAGGCUUGGACAGGACCCCAAGGGUCACCUAGUCCAUUCUUUGCAUUCCACAGUACUAGCAAAUCAGAUUUCCACCGGGGACAAACCUUGUAGAUUCAAGUUAUAAGGUGUGCUCCAAUCACUCCAAAGGCCUGGUCCAUAAAGGCUUUUGCAUCGGACUUGAACUACAUAUGAAGAAUCAAAUAGUGUAUUGCUUAUGAUCAAUGACGUUUCCAUGGUCUUCUCAACCACCUAUUAAAUUACGUCAAAAACAAACAGAACAACACUAUUUAAUGCCACUCUUGCAACACUUUAACUUGAAGCCAAGACAUACAUUAAUUAGAGGAAAACUCCCCCCACCGGGGGGGCGGGGCGGUUUACAUCCAGAUAUGAUGUGGUCUUAUUAUGGCUACAAUGCAAAGAACUGCAUGUAGGAGUUUCAUGUACACCUAGAGGUUCUUGCAGAUCUCCUUUUCAAGUCACCCCCCAAGUAGUUUUUGGAUUGAUGUACAUGGGGAACAUCAUUAGGUGGAAUUGCCAAUCCUAAUGUGUUCACACAGAAGUGGUUUCUAUUUGCUCACACAUCUGUUUGGUUUCUGGCCCAAACUGUGCUUGCUUAGCAUGAGAGUUCAAAAUGUAUUCAGAGAGUGAGUUUUUACAAGUAGCUUGAGCUAGGCCAAUGUUAUGUGGUUCCAUUAAAGGUGAAUUUUGCAUUAAUCUCACUUAAAAAAAACCAAAAACAAACCCCAGUAAUAAUUUCAUGCAUCAGUGCCCCUACAGCACAAACCAUGUUAGUGCAACCCAGAAAAACUCAAGUCAUGAGUUUUAAUCCCUUUGAUCACUUUAAUUCAAUUGAUUUCAAUAGUACGUUGGCAGCAAUGUUUACUGGACCAUGCCAUGAUAUGAAACUAUCAUUGUUCGUAUUAGUUACAUGAAAAAGUCUAUAGUUCUAUUCAUGUUCAGAAAUUUUGUAGUGCAUUAUUGAUAUUAUUUUUAUAAAAUUCUCACAAAUGAAAUGUUCAGGGCUGUUAAUAUUAAGACAAGGAUUUCCUAGAUCAGAACUUAACUUUCGUCUUUGGCUUGCUUAUUUCAUAGAGUGAAUUUAGGAACAAGAAAAGCGUCACCUGCCAAACAUUUUCAGUUGAAUUUGCAAAGCAUUUUAUUUCAUACUGAAGUGGAUAUGAUAUUGAUGCUGGGUGAGACCAAGAUAUCUUUAACUGUCCUUCGUCUGUCAUAUCCAUAUGCAGAUGUGAUGGAGGUUCAGGCUUUACUGUAAAACAUUAUAAUCAACAAGGUAGUUUAAGCAUGCUGGUUACUCUGAAUAGCCACUUAUAUUCCCAUUUUUAUUUUAUAUUCAUUUUUCAUAAUAUAUGCAUAUUAUACAUUAACAUGCAUACACACAAUGAUGCAAAACGUCUUUCAAAGGGACACAGUAACUGGAGCAUGCUUUUUAACCUUACGUGGCUUUAAGCUAUGAAGGAUAACCUACUGCCUCAUGCCCCAGUUCACUGAAAGUAUUUCAACAUAUUCAUAAAUGCUUUCCUGAGUUGCGAUUGUGGUCUGGAAGAGCUGUGGUGGCAGCUUGUUCAGUUUCCAAAAGAAGAAAAAACAAUUAAUUCAAAAUCCCUCUAUCAUUCAGCAUUUGAAGGCUUGGAAGAGAGGCUUCAUAGCUGGGAUGUAACGAUGAAAAGGAACCUCAGCCUACAGUUGUAGUGGUGAAGCAAUAAAAGUGAAGCGCUUCUUUCAGUGAUGAAGAAGACAGUGCAAAAGGAUGACGUAAUGUUUUCUAAUUCUCAGGGUGACUAACAGCAUUCCCUUAAUUGUACAAAAGCCAGAGGGGAUGUUGUAGGGGACUUAAUUGUCAAUCCACAAACAGUUGUUAAUUUUAAAAAAACAAAAACACGCAAGCCACGUAUGUUAAAUGCAAACAUGCAUUUGGUCCUUAGUCAAUCCUAUCUUGAAUGCAAAAUUCCAUAAGCAGAGGCCCUUAGGGUGGGUGCUGUGGCCAAGUGUUUACCAUGUCCUGGAAAGGUCAGUAGCCUCUGUUGGAUGGACUUGCACUCCCUUUGAAGGAAACCUGUGCAUAGUCUGGGCAUCCUCCUAGCUCCAUCUUUGUUACUCGAGUAUAGGUGGCCUCAGUGGCUAGGAAUGCCUUUUAUCAACUUUGGCUGGUACAGCAGCUAUGGCCAUACUGGUUAGGGAUAGCUUGGAGACAGUGGUCUAUGCACUGGUGGAUGUCAAGAUUGGUUUGCUGCAAUGCACUCUGUGGGGCUAUCUCCUUAAGGUUGGUCUUGAAGAUGCAGGUGGUGCAGGAUGCAGCUACUAAGAGCUGACCUAAGAGACCUACCAACAGCAUGUUGCACUGCACUGACUGCCAAUGUGCUGCCAGGCUAAUCCGUAAACAUGGGCCCUGGCUUUCUGAGAGACUGUCUAACUUCCUCCAUGGACCAAUGCAGUCUCUACAAUCCUCAGGAGGGCCAUUCGUAGAGGUACCAUAUGCUCCUGUAUCUGUUUCCAUGGUCACCUUUAGUGUUCUAGCACCAACCCUCUGGAUUUCCAUUUUGAUGUUAGAGGAAUGCUGGCAUUGCUAGGCUUCUGAAACUUCAAGAUGUUUUGUUCAGGCAGUCCCUUUCAGAUGAGUGAUUCCAGCCAUACAUGCUGGUAUUUUCUGUUUAGUGAUUUUUAUCUUUUUAUGGUUCUAGCCUUGUAUAUUGGUUGGGUAUUACGAAAUGAUAAACAGUGAAUAAAUACAUCUAAGAAAACAAUUAAAAGUUGCUAUUGGGACUUAAAGUACAAUUCAAGCAUUUACUGAAAGCACAGUCCUAUACAUGUUUAUUUAAAACCAUGUCCCCCUCAGUUCAAUGGGAGUUACUCCUAGGUACUAUAUAUGGAUGCAGGGUUGCAACCUUAACUGGAUAUAGUCAAUGGCUGUGGUCCAGAGGACUGAUUGUACACACAAGAGUAUAUUCCUUCAAGGCCUUACAGAGGAUUUGAUGUGAAAUGAACUCCACCUAGUGCCAUUUUUAAUUCUAGAUAUAAUUAAGCUAGAUAGUACAGUUUUAAAGUAGCAGGCCACUCAGUGACAUGAUUUGAAAGAAUCACUGUGGCAUUAUUCCUAUAAUCCCAUCAUCUUUCAAAAGCAUUAACCUAAUUUGUAAGCAACAUGAAAUGGUCAUUCUAAAAGGUUUCAAUUAAUUACAAAAAAGAUACUAAGAAAAAUAGGCUACUGAAAUGUUCUUUUCAUUAUGGUGAGAAUGUUAAAACACUAAACAGUUCAUAAAUGGUCAAAUGUUCAUAAGGAGUUGCUUCUUCAGCCAGAAAGCAACAAAACAUUAAAAGCAUCCGCCAUCUGAUUGUACCAUUUCCCAUGACUUGAUUAAAAAGCAGAAGCAAAGCUUUCACCUUUUUAAAUGCUAAAAUUCUAAUUUUAAAAGAAUCUGUACCUUGAUUUUAAAACACCCAUUAAUAAGUAACCCUUUAGAACUUUAUUGAGUCUCAGCGUCUUCUGAAUGUACCAGAAAACUUUUUUUCUCUUAAUUGUCUUUUUUCAUUGAGCUGGAAUGAAGCAGGUUCUAGGGGUUGGAAUGAGAUUUUCCAACAAUUUUUGAUAGCGAUGUCACCCUCAAGAAUCCAGGCAGUUCAUUUGAGUUAAUGUAUAUAUAUUUAUUUUUUCAAAUCCACAUUGUGCUGUGAAGAUGCAACAGUUUAACAAUUCCAAUCAAUGAAUAUUUCUUUGCACAUAGUAUGCACGAUCCAGCCAGAGUUAGGCAUUUAAAAAUUCCAUGGAUUUCAGGAAGGAGUCCUGGGUACAAAAAUGAUUAUUUAUGGAAAACAUGUCAAAUGGCUGUAUUCUUCAAGAUAGUAAUUUUGGCAAUUUUACCUGCUUUCAGAUGAACAUUUCCUCCAUGCAAAACUUGAAGCCUAUUCUUAACUUUGUGCUGGCAGUACACCUUCAACCAUUACGGGGGAAAGCUGGUUUUUGUUUCUGUGAAGCAGGUUCUAGGAUCUUAACAAUUGCCACAUUAGAUUUGACAGUGGCUGUUCUAUGUUUACACUGCCCCAGCCAUGCAGAAAAAGGGAGAGCAUCCAUCCAAUUAUAAGAAUGGGAAAAGACUCACCUGGGAAGAAUGCAAGCAGGACACUCCUCCUGCCUGCAGAUUCCCUACAUGUCUCUCAGGGAAUUCUUUCCCCCAUGCACUCUUCUCCUCAGAUGAGCUCCAGUACCAGAAGCAGCAUAAGAGGAGCUGCAGGGGGAGAAGUGUAGGGAGAGUUCUGCACUAUUUAUCCAGAUGACACUUUUGCUUUUGGACCCUUACUUCCCUCUUUUUCUGUGUGACUGAGGCAGUUCAAUAUUCAUACACACAGAACUUGCCACCAUCUUGCGUAGUAUGGCCCUGUGCCACAACAACCACAUUUUAAAAAAUAAAAUGAAAAGGAUUUUGUUGGCAUGGUUAAGAACUGUGCAGGAUAAUUCAUUUCAGUUCAUUAGAAACUCAUGUCAUUCAGGCUUCCAAUGCCAGCCAUGCAAUGAACAGAACCGGCCUACCGAAGGGAUCAAAGUUACUGUGCCAAGAAUUUUCUUACUUCAGAAAUGACAGUAUGAUUAAAUCUUAAGGACACCAUGAUCUAAUGAACAUUGCUCAAAAUUUACCUUGUAGAAAAAGUAUAUGCUGCAUAAAACUGAAAAUACCAAGGGCGUGUCCAGGCUUACAUUUAUCCCGUGCCUAGAAAAAGCAGGUUUCCCACUUGUCCCAUGCUUUCUAGCCAGAAGGUCCAAGUGGUUUUCUGUAUGCUCCGCUACAUUCCCCUGGAAAACCUGCUCUUCAGCACUGAGUUGUAGCAAACAUAAAUCCAUGAAAAUCCUGACUGACGUCUGCUCUGAUUCAGCGAUAAAAAUCGAGUUUUCCCAAGCGAAAGCGGUGGUACAAAUGGAAGUCUGGACGAGCCCUGAGAUCCUGAACCGCUUCCACCAUCAAUUUCAUGUGGGGAAAGGAUUGUGUCAUUAUUGUUAUGACUUAUGAUAGCUUCAAGAACAAGCUUAACAUUGCUGGAAUUACAAUAGGAUGAGAUUUCACGUAUCUUAGGGAAUUCAUUCAGGACUUACAUCACUGAUUUUACUUAUUAUAUUUUGCUAUAUAACUAAAGUAUGUUGGGGAAAGCAAAAAAUGGCUUGCAAUACCAACAUUUUAUUCUACGCUAGCUUAUGUAUUUGUGUGUUGCUUUGAGGGAGGGUGUUUUCCAUAGAAUUAAGUUCUGCCAUAGUGUAUACUCAGUGUAUAUUCUGUAAUCAUCAUUUUGGAAGCUUUCUCAGACUCUUAUUGUUAUCUGAUUUAAACACUUUGGCCAAUAAACUGAAACUUACCAAUAUCUGUAGGCUUGACUAACAUUAGUGGUGACUGAAGCAAUGUUAUUCCAUCUGUGAUCUUGAGCCACAUAAUGUAAAUAUGCUUGAACUUUGCUGAAGUUAUCUGACAUUUGUAUUUUUGGUUUUUUACAGCAUUGCAGUGAGUGACCGUGACAUUGUCCUUCAGGGAACGUGUAGAGGUACUUCCCAAUGAUACAUCUGUUCUGAAUUGUAAAAGAAAAAGAAACCCAUCAAUUGUGAAUAUUUUGUAUGAAGUAGCAUGUCUAAAGCAUUUUACUAGAUGUUGUUUUUAAGAUGGGUUAAUUAUUUUAGAUCAAAACCCUCUAGAAAGACUAUGCUGAACAUACCAGAAUGCCACUUUUACCCAUAGAAUGACAAGAGAAAGGUUGUGAUCAUUUUGUUUAAAUUUUUCCCAAUGCCUAGUCAUAUUAAUCAAACAAAAAAGCAAGAGUACUGGAGUUAAUGCCAUUGCGUGUUGAGACCCCAAGACCACCUUCUUGUUGAUGAAUAAGACACAAGGACACGGAUAUUAGGUUAAUGUUAUUGGGCAAAUUUAGGCCACAACUUUCUUGGUUACAGAAUGUGAGCGGUAUUGGCGUAGGCAUUGGAAUUGACCCAACUAUAUCUGACUCCUGCCUGUCAUGCAGGGAGUCCAGUAAGGGUCAACCACCGGUAAGGGGAGCCCGUUGAUGCAAACCAACUCGAGCUCCCCCUGGGUUCCUGACGGGGUCGUGGCAUGGCCCUAGCCCCACCCUGGGCUUUGGACAAGAUCCAUGCCCCCAGAUUCCUUUAACGGAAUACCCUUAAACUUGGAGGGGCAGGUGAUGGCCACAACUCCCCUCCCCCAUCAUAAGAUCAACCAAUGCCUAACCACAAAUCCUUACAAAGUUGUGACGACUGCUAUGAGGUAGGUGAAAGCGAAAUGGCCCAUGCCAAUUUGCCAAGUGGAAAAAUUCCUACCAGGCCCCUCAAGGGCGACCAACCGAGGUCCAUAGCAAGGCCAAAUUCGAAACCUGAAAAAUAGGGAGGGAGGGAGGGUGGGAGAUCAAGGAAGCGAGUAAAGAGGAAGCUCUCCGGCUCGCACCUCAGUUUAAAUGGGGCCUGGCCAUGCCCCCAGCCAGCGGAUUGGCUGGUUGGCGAAUGACGUGACCAGGAACCUCCGGGUGAAGCAGGACUUUGUCCCCCGCCCCCAGAGGGAAGUGGGUGGCCAUGUGGUCCACCGCAACUCCUCCCCACUGGGAAGUGGAGGGGAUUUGUAGCUUGAUUGUGCAGCUUUUAUUUAUCCAAAAUUCUGAGGGGGGAAACCAUAUAGCGACAUUUAGUCUUUUCUUAGGAACAACCUACACACUGCAUAUAAACUUAACAUUUUCCAAGUGAUUUCCCACAUAUGUUUGGGUAUGGCUCUACCCUCAAUCCAGCCUUAAAAACUGGCUAUGCCAGCAAAUGUCACAUAGUUGGAAGUCCUACUGUGGGGAUUAAAGGAUGGUCUUUGUGCAAGACAAAAGCCUCAUUACGUAUUUUUAAAAAUACCAUAAAAUGUUAAGUACAGUGCCAGAAAGCAAGAACAUAUUUUUGCUCACUGGAAUAUGGUUUGAAAGGGAAUAUGAAAUUAAUUUUCAAACUGUGAGAUUAAAGCCUUAGAACAAGUAGAUAAACUUACACAAUUUAAAAAAAAAACUUUAAAAAGAAUAAUAAACACAAAUGCAAUAAAAAGUCUAAAACUUUUAAACAUAAUUUCAAAACAAAUCUGGGCCUGGAGAAUGGAAAAUACAGACUGAAGGAACUGAUGUUACAAACUGGGUAAUAGAUAACCAUAGCUGUGAUGCAAAUUACAGCCUUUGGGUUGUAGCCAACUAAAUUCUACUCAGAGUAGAACCAGCUGAAAUUAAUGGACCUAGUCCUGUCCAUUAAUUCAGUGGAUCCUCUCUACUAACAUUGGAUACAACCCUUCGUCUCCUUUCUGGGGUGGAGGAAUGGUGUUUUCUCAGUUUAGCCUGAAUCUCACACAAAACAAGUCUGAACAGCGUACACAUCAGGUCAGGGUGGGAAAUAAGUCUACAUUAUAGGUAUCAAUGGCACUGUCAAACUGCCUUCUCACUCUUACAGGGUUACAUUUGUUUUCAGCAGAAAUUUGUUGAAACCUGUUUAUAUUGAGACAAUAGCAUAGUUUCCACACAAAGCAUACUUCAAAAUUCAUUAGUCUCAAGUAAUCCUCUAAUGUUAAUUUCACAGAAUUUGAAGGGGGGGAGGUUUUUGGAUAAUUUGCUUCUCCAAUUCCAAGAAGAAGAAGAAGAAGAAGAAGAAGAAGAAGAAGAAGAUUCAUUUAAACCCAAUCGCUCCUGCUAUUGCUUUGGAAUAAACCAUGGAAAGUAUUCAUAUUCUGGCUUUUUAGCAUUCUGUUUUGUUCCUUCUGCAAAACUCAAAUAAGCCCAAAAUAUCUUCGGUUGACCUCCCCAAAUAAAUUUGGUUUUAUGCAUUUUUCAAUAUAUUGGAAAACUCCCAUAGACUCAAGCAAAACUCUUAUUGAAAAAAUGUACUAUUUAACUGAACUAUCCAAAAUGUAAAGCACAAGCACUACAGUAUGAAGUAUGUAAGUUUAAUAUGUAUUAAAGACCAGCUGCAG